AGAUUUUGUCAUUCUUCGCUCGCACCUCACAAACGAUCGACGUCUUGGUUUCAGUCUCGGGGAUUAUGACUUGAAAUCGUUUCAAAAUAGAUAUUUUUUUAGAAGAAUAUACAUAUAUCUAUAUCUAACGCACCAUACGGUACAGAUAUAUGUAUACGUCUGCAGCCAAUUCGUUCGCAUAGAGUCCCGCACAAGCAUACAUAUACAUAGAACGUCGAAAGGAUAACGCAAUUUCGACAAUUUUAAGAAGCGACCAAAGAGAUAUAAGUAUAUAUAGAAAGUAUAUCAAGUGAAGAAGCAAAUCAAAGAGAGAGUGAUCGCGAGGUGUUUAAUUCUACAGUGCAGUUCAUCCUGCAACGAUUUGGUUGUCAUUUUAAAUGAUAUAUAGUGAUAUAUAACGCAGCAAAAAUGCAACGACAAAAUCCGAACCCGUACCAGCAACAGCAAAACCAGCAGCAGCAGCAGCAGCAGCAGUUGCAGCAAUAUUCCACUCAGGAAUACUCGCAUUCUAGCCAGGAGCAGCACCAGCAGCAGAGGAUUAGCCGCACCGAGCAUGUCCAGCACCGACAUGUGACCACCCAGCAAGUGCAACAAUUUCCUGGAAGCCUUGGAGGACCCUAUGUACCUCCUGCGCUAACACACGUGUACGCCCAGGGCGACAUCUCGCCACCCGUUUUCGAGCAAAUCUUCAAGAACGCUCGCUUCGCCCAGGGCGGCAACGCCCUGUUCGAGGGCCGGUUGAGGGGCAACCCGAAGCCAUUCGUGACAUGGACCCGGAAAGGCGCACCCCUUCUCGAGUCGCAGAAGUUCCGGAUGAGCUACAACGAGACCACGGGCGAUGUUUCCCUACUGAUUAACCAGAUCGGGCCCGGGGACGAGGGCGAGUACACGUGCACGGCCCGCAACCAGUACGGCGAGGCCAUCUGCAGCGUCUACAUCCAACCGGAGGGAGCUCCCAUGCCGACCCUGCAGCCGAUUCAGAACCUGGAGAAGAAUAUAUACUCCAACGGGUACAGCUUUACCUCCAUCGAGAAGGAGUUCCGCGUGGACACUUUUGAGUAUCGGUUGCUCCGCGAAGUGUCCUUCCGAGAGGCUAUUACUCGGCGCUCAGGCUACGAGCAGGACACCCAGCUGUCCAAGGAAUUGGACCGCUCCCAGGGUCCUGCGCAGGCGCCGCAAAUCUCGCAAAAGCCUCGCAGCUCCAAGCUGGUCGAGGGCUCCGACGCGGUCUUUACCGCUCGUGUCGGCUCGAACCCGAAGCCACGUCUGACCUGGUUCCACAACGGUCAGCGCUUGGUGGCCUCGCAGAAGUAUGAGAUCUCCUACUCCAGCGGAGUGGCUACGCUCCGGGUGAAGAAUGCCACCAUUCGCGAUGGUGGCCACUACACUCUGUUGGCCGAGAACCUGCAGGGAUGCGUGGUCUCAUCCGCCGUGUUGGCCGUUGAGCCGGCCGCAGAGUCCGCUUACGAGCCCAAGCCCGUGGACACGAUUGCCGAGCAGCUGGAGACGGGUAAGGCUCUGCCCCCCGCCUUUGUCAAGGCGUUUGGAGAUCGGGAGGUCACCGAGGGUCGCAUGACCAAGUUCGACUGCCGUCUGACCGGCAAUCCCUACCCGGAAGUGUUCUGGCUGAUCAAUGGACGUCAAGUCCGUGACGAUGCCGCCCACAAGAUUCUGGUCAACGAAUCGGGCAGCCACUCGUUGAUGAUCACCAACGUCACCCGCUUGGAUGCCGGAUCUAUUCAGUGCGUGGCCCGCAACAAGGCCGGCGAGGUGGCCAUCGAGGCUCAGUUGAAUGUGUUGGAGAAGGAGCAGGUUGUCGCACCACAAUUUGUUCAGCGCUUCAGCACCAUGACUGUCCGCGAAGGCGAGCCCAUCAGCAUGAGCGCCAACGCCAUCGGCACUCCGCAGCCGCGCAUCACCUGGCAGAAGGACGGCGUCCAGAUCUCGUCCACCCCCGACCGCUUCGUGGGUAUUGACGGUGGAGCCACCUGUUUGGAGAUUCCGCGAGUUAAGGCCAGCGAUGCCGGGUGGUACCAGUGCACUGCCCAGAACCUUGCCGGAUCUACGGCCAACCGCGCUAGGCUGUACGUGGAGGUUCCUAGGGACCAGCCAAGUCAGGAGCAACGUCGUCUCAAUCUCCCGAGACCAACGAAAGUCAUCGAGCCAGAACCCAUUCCUGGCCCCGAAAUCAUCUAUCUGCGCCAUGUGGAGCGCGCCAAGCCCCAUUUGCGCCCCGGUGAGGAGGAUCGCGUGUAUCCUCCCCCGCAGUUCAUCAUACCGCUGCAGAAUGUGCAGCAAACCGAAGGUGGUCGCGUCCACAUGGAGGCCCGUAUCGAGCCUGUUGGUGAUCCCAGCAUGGUCGUAGAGUGGUACCUCAACGGACGUCCACUGGCAGCAAGUGCCCGUGCCACUUCGGUCUUCAAGUUCGGCUUCAUCGCCCUGGACCUUUUGAGCAUCAUGGGCCACGACGCCGGCGAGUACAUGUGCCGCGUGAGCAACGCCAGCGGCGUGGCCGAAUCCCGGGCCUUUUUGUCCGUGGUUCAACGCCCGUCCAUCGAGCAGUCAUCGCAGAAUCCGAAUAGUCUGCAGUACAUUAGCCAGCUGGAGGACUACUCGCGCUACUCGCGACAGGAGAGCACUGAAGAGCAGCUCAACCAGGCUCCGCAGUUCAUCCGGCCACUGCGCGAUCUCGGCGAGUUCGAGGAGGGCAAGAAUGUUCACUUCGAGGCGCAGGUUACGCCCGUAAACGAUCCCUCCAUGAGGGUGGAGUGGUACAAGGACGGCCUUCCCAUCACGGCCAGCUCGCGCAUUACCGCUAUCUUCAAUUUUGGCUAUGUCUCCCUGAACAUCUUGCACCUCAGAGCCGAAGAUGCCGGUACCUACACUGUGCGGGCCGUCAACCGUAUUGGUGAAGCCAUCAGCCAGUCGACUAUUCGGGUCCACACCCGAUCUCAGGUCACCGCCGAUCUGGGAAUCCCGGAGCAGCAACGCUACAUCGAAAGCGUGGAGGAGUUGGAGGACUACCGCAAGUCCCAGCAGCGUCGCCACGUUCAGGAGGCGCCUCAGGCUAUUGCCCCGCCUCAGUUCAAGACUCCGAUCCAGAACCAGUUGGAUCUGCACGAACACGCGCAUGCGCACUUCGAGGCAAGACUCGAACCGAUUGGUGACUCCACCAUGCGUGUGGAGUGGCUGAAGGACGGCCAGCCUCUGGAAGCCAGCUCUAGGAUCACCACCUACCACAACUUUGGUUACGUGGCGCUCACCAUCAAACAAUUGACCAUCUACGAUGCCGGCAUCUACACCUGCCGCGCCUACAACGCCAUGGGACAGGACACCACCGUGGCCCAACUGUCUGUGAUCUCCAAGAACGAGAUCGUGUCUGACUCGCAGCACCCAGGGGGCCUGCAAAAGAUCCAGCAUUUGGAAGACUCGUCCCGCUACGGACGCCGCGAGGAGGAGGAGACCUACACCACCACUGCUCCUCGAUUCCUUGGUCCUCUCAAGGGCACCACCAAGAUCCUUGAGGGCCAACGCGCCCAUUUCGAGGCCCGAGUCGAGCCCCAGAGUGAUCUGGGCUUGCAGAUUGAGUGGUACCACAACGGUCGCGCCAUCACUGCCGCCAAUCGCAUCCAAACUUAUCAUGACUUUGGCUACGUCGCCCUGGACAUUUCCCAGGUUCGCGCCGAGGAUGCUGGUGUCUACAUAGUGGUGGCCAGGAACAAGCUAGGUGAAGCUCAGCAGCAGGCAACGAUGGUAGUGGAAACUCGUUCCAGUAUCGACACAUCUAGCAUGCACCGCGGCCUGUACGAGAAGACCCAGAACUUGGAAAACAAGCAGUUCGUGGAGCCUCAGUACGACAUCGAGGAAAUCUCCAAGUCGAAACCAGUCUUCAUCCAGCCCCUGACUGAUCCCAAGCCCAUCCAUGACGGCAAGAACAUCCACCUGGAGUGCCGUCUGGAGCCCAUGGGAGAUCCCACUAUGCGCGUGGAAUGGUUCCACAACGGCCGUCCCGUUACCGUGGGUUCCCGGUUCCGCACCUACUAUGACUUCGGAUUCGUGGCACUCGACAUCAUCAAAGCCACGGCAGCCGAUUCCGGGGAGUACACUGUGAGGGCCACUAACCACCUGGGCUCGGCCCACACCUCCGCCUGUGUGCGCGUGAUCGACCACACGGAUGUGGUCACUGAGACCCAAAAUGAACAGUCUCUGGAGCAGAUUCAGCUGCUCGAGGACUCACGCCGCCGCCAUCACCAAGAGGAAGAUAUUACCAUCAUGCAGGCUCCCCAGUUCACCAGGGCUCUGCACAACAUCGAGACCGUGGAAGGCACCAAUGUCCAUCUGGAGUGCCGCUUACAGCCCGUCGGAGAUCCCAGCAUGCGCAUCGAGUGGUUCGUCAAUGGCAAGCCCGUGAAGACCGGUCAUCGCUUCCGUCCGGCCUACGAGUUCGACUACGUGGCCCUAGAUUUGCUUGGAUGCUAUGCCAUCGACUCUGGUGUUUACACCUGCCAGGCUAGAAACCAGCUGGGAGAGGCUGUCACCUCCUGCUCCGUGCGCAUCAUUGCCAAGAACGAUUUGAUUCUGGAGACCCAGAACGAAUCGGGACUGCAGAAGAUCCAGUACUUGGAGGACUCCUCGCGUUAUCGUCGCAACGAGUUCGUCGACGAGGUGGUGAACAUUCGUCCGCGCUUCCUCACUCAUCCCAAGAGUCUGACCAACACCCGCGAGGGUGGUCACGCUCACUUUGAGUGCAAAAUUGAGCCGGUAACGGAUCCCAACCUGAAGGUGGAGUGGUUUAAGAACGGCCGUCCCAUCACCGUGGGCCACCGCUUCCGUCCCAUCCACGACUUUGGUUACGUGGCCCUUGAUAUUGUCCAACUGAUUGCCGAAGAUUCGGGUAUCUAUACCUGCCGAGCCGUCAACCUGAUUGGCUCCGAUGAGACCCAGGUAGAGUUGCAGUGCCGCAGUGGCGAGCAAAUCGUCACCGUCACCCAGAACGAGGCCGGCUUGGAGCAGAUCCACUACCUGGAGGACAGGUCGCGCUACAGCCGUCGCGAGGAGAUCGAUGAGAGCACCAAGCAGGCCCCGGUGUUCACCACCUCCUUGAAGAACAUCGAAAUUAAGGAGAAUCAGAGGGCUCACUUCGAGUGCCGCUUGAUUCCUGUUUCGGAUCCGUCCAUGCGAGUGGAGUGGUACCACAACAACCUUCCUCUGAAGUCGGGAUCCCGUUUCACCGAAACUAACAACUUCGGUUUUGUGGCCCUGGACAUUAUGUCGACUCUGCCCGAGGAUGCCGGCACAUACACCUGCCGCGCGUACAACGCCGUUGGCGAGGCCAUCACCUCCGCCGUGGCUGUGGUGCACACCAAGAAAUCGAUCUACCUCGAGUCGCAGCAUGAAACUGCAUUGCCCCGACUCCAGCACUUGGAGGAUGGUUCUAAGCGCCAGCGCAUCAGCGUGCAGGAAGAGUUUGUUUCCCAAGCUCCCGUCUUCACCAUGCCCGUACGUGAUGUCCGCGUGGCCGAAAAUCAGGCAGUGCACUUCGAGGCCCGCCUGAUCCCAGUCGGAGACCCGAACUUGAAGGUAGAGUGGCUGCGCAACGGACAGCCCAUUGAGGCCUCUAACCGCACCACUACCAUGCACGACUUUGGCUACGUGGCCCUCAACAUGAAGUACGUGAAUCCCGAGGAUUCCGGUACCUACACUUGCCGUGCCGUGAACGAGCUCGGCCAGGCAGUGACCUCCGCUUCGUUGAUUGUGCAAUCAAAGACGGCCAUUCAGCUGGAGACACAGCAUGAAGCGGCUAUGCACAAGAUCCACCAGCUGGAGGAUCACAGCAAAUAUCAGCGCAGGGAAGAGGAGGAGUACACCGUGACCACCGCCCCGGUGUUUGUCACCAAGCUGAUUGGGCCCAGCAGCCUGUUUGAGGGCCAGAGUGCCCACUACGAGUGCCGCAUCGAGCCCUACCCUGAUCCUAACCUCAAGGUAGAGUGGUUCCACAACGGCAAGCCACUAAGCACUGGCCACCGCUUCCGCACCACCUACGACUUCGGCUUCGCCGCUCUGGACAUUUUGACCGUCUACGCCGAGGACAGUGGAGAAUACACUUGCCGAGUGACCAAUAAUCUGGGUGAAGCCGUGAACUCAAUUGUACUGAAUGUAACAUCGCGCUCAUCCAUCAUCCACGAAACUCAGCACGAGGAGGCCCUGACCAAGAUCCAGCAUCUGGAGGACACCUCUCGCUUCCAGCGAAAGACCGAUGAGGAGCAGUUCCAUGCCGAGCGUCCUCAGUUCGGACGUCCACUUCGCAACGCCAAGGUCAACGAAGGCACCCCUGUCCAUCUCGAGGCUACUUUGAUUCCGGUCAACGAUCCCACCAUGAAGGUGGAGUGGUACUGCAACGGCAGACCCAUCCAGACCGGCCAUCGCUUCAAGACCACCUAUGAUUUCGGUUUCGUGGCCCUGGACAUCCUCUACGCCCACGCCGAGGAUACUGGCACUUACAUGUGCAAGGCCAAGAACGCCGUUGGAGAAGCUGUCACGACUUGUGCUGUAAACGUAACAGCAAACAAGACACUUGAUCUGGAUACCUUGGAUGCCCAGCGACUGGAGAAGAUUCGCCAGCUGGAGAGCUACGCACCACCCACCAAGGUUGAAGUUGAGGAGAAGGGUCAGAAGCCCAUCUUCCUAACCCCGCUGAGCAAUCUGGAGCACUUGAAGGAGGGCGAGCACGCCCAUCUGGAGUGCCGCGUGGAGCCGAUCAACGAUCCAAACCUGAAGAUUGAGUGGUUCUGCAACGGCAAGCAGCUGCCCACCGGUCAUCGCUACCGCACCACCCACGACUUUGGAUAUGUCGCCCUGGACAUCCUGUACGUCUACGGCGAGGACACCGGUACCUAUAUCUGUAAGGCAACCAAUCUCCUGGGCGAAGCCGUUAACACUUGCAACGUUCGCGUGCUGAACCGCCGUAGCAUGAUCUUGGACACCCAGCAUCCGGAUGCCUUGGAGAAGAUCCAGAAGUUGGAGUCAAAGGUCGUAAACGCCCGCACCGAGGUGGGUGACAGCCCCAUUAGUCCGCCCCAUUUCACUGCCGAGCUGCGUGGAUCGACCGAGAUCUACGAGGGUCAGACGGCCCACUUCGAGGCCCAGGUGGCUCCUGUGCAUGAUCCCAAUCUGCGGAUUGAGUUCUACCACAACGGCAAACCCUUGCCAUCGGCGUCUCGUUUCCACAUCACCUUCGACUUCGGUUAUGUGUCCCUGGACAUUACCCACGCCGUGGCCGAGGAUGCUGGCGAGUACUCUGUGCGCGCUGUGAACGCUUUGGGUCAGGCUGUGUCCUCCACCAACUUGCGCGUGAUUCCACGCGGCACCAUCAUCUCGGACACCCAGCACCCAGAGGGUCUGGAAAAGAUUCGCAAGCUUGAGUCGACGGCCCCGCACCAGCGCCAGGAGCCGGAAACUCCCGGAACCCGCCAGCGUCCUGUGUUCACGCAGCCGCUCCAGAACAUUGAUAGAAUCAACGAGCACCAGACCGCGCACUUCGAGGCGCGCCUGAUCCCUGUGGGAGAUCCCAAUUUGAAGGUGGAGUGGUACCGCAACGAGAAGAUCAUCGAGGACAGUUCGCGCAUCACCAAGCAGCACGACUUUGGCUACGUUUCAUUGGACAUCUCGCACAUCCGCAAGGAGGACGAGGGCGUGUACAUGUGCCGCGCCGUCAAUCCUCUGGGCGAGGCCGUUACCACAGCCUCCAUGCGCGUCGUUUCGGAAGCCAGCAUCCAAAUGGAUACCCAGCAUCCGGACAGCAUCAGCCGCAUCCACCAGCUGGAGAAGCCAGUGGCUCCGCGUCCUAGCGAGCCGGAGCGUCUCUUCGAGAAGCCCAUAUUCACUCAGCUGCUCACGGGACCUUCGGAACUGUGGGAAGGUGCCCACGCUCACUUUGAGGCACGUGUGGUGCCUGUGGGCGAUCCCUCGCUGAAGUUCGAGUGGUUCAUCAACGGCGUUGAGCUGCAAAUGGGCUCACGCUUGCGCACCACCCACGACUUCGGAUUUGUCACUCUGGACAUUGCCGCCGUGGUGCCCGAGGACGCUGGAGUGUACAUGUGCCGCGCCUACAACGCUGCUGGCGAGGCCGUCUCCUCCACUGCCAUGAAGGUCAAGACGAAGUCCAACAUCGACGGCCAGCCUUUGAUUCCCGAGUCCUGGGAGGCUAUUCGUCUGAAGGAGGCUGCUAUGAAUCGCGUGCCGGAAAUGUUUGUGGACUCCACUCCUCAGCAAGCCCCGGUCUUCACUACCCAUCUGCAGAGCUACGACAAGCUCCACGAAGGCCAGCACGUGCUGCUGGAGGCCCAGGUUGAGCCUCGUGCGGAUCCCAACCUCCGCAUCGAGUGGUUCAAGAACGGCAUCUCCCUCACCACUGGUUCCCGCAUCCGCAGCACCUUCGACUUCGGUUUGGUCACCCUUUCCAUCAACGGACUGCGAGCUGAUGACUCGGCCAUUUACACCUGCAAGGCCACCAACCAAGUGGGCGAAGCCGUUUCAACGUCUUCACUUAAGAUCGAGGAUCGUCACUGGCUGCAGGCCGAGUCGCUACAUCCGGACUCGCUUCCUCGUAUUGGAGAACUGGAAGCCCCCAAGGAGGGACGGCCAGAAGCCCCGGAGCCUACGUAUGAGACUCCGGUGUUCAUCACCCACUUGAACAACAUCGAGUGCAAGGAGACCGACAAUGUGCGCUUCGAGUGCAACGUGGAGCCGGCACGCGAUCCUACCAUGAAUAUCGAGUGGUUCUACAACGGCCAGCCUCUCCAGGCCGCCGCCAAGUUCAAGUCCAUCUAUGACUUUGGCUACUGCGCUUUGGACCUGACCAACUCGUACGCCGAAAACAGCGGCGUGUACACCUGCAAGGCCACCAACAGCAAGGGAUCAGCCACCACUUCGGGCACUCUCAAGUGCACUGGUGGCAAGACCAUGUUCCUGGACACCCAGCACCCGCAGGGUGAGAGCGGCUUGGAGGCCGUCCAGGAGACCGAGCAGGAGCUGGCCAACCGCUACAGCCAGAAGACCACUAAGCCGGAGACUCAGUAUCCGCCGCCAGUGUGGACCAAGCCGCUCCAGGCCGAGUUCCACCUGUCGGAGGCGCAGCCGAUUCACCUGGAGGCCAAUGUGGAACCCAAGGAGGAUCCCAACCUAUUCAUCGAGUGGUACUUCAACGGAAAGAUGCUCAACCAUGGUUCUCGUUUCAAGAUGACAAGCGAAUUCGGAUUUGUGACCAUGGACAUGAUCGAAGUAUACUCACGCGACCAGGGAAUCUACACCUGCAAGGCCUACAACAAGGCCGGCGAGGCGUUUACCUCCACGACCAUUUUCUGUUCGGACAAGGAAAACAUCAUCGAGGCCACCCAGCACCCGAAGGGAGCCGAGGGCUUGGAACAGAUCCAAGACCUGGAGGACUCCCUGCGCAAAGAUGGCUCCAAGCCCGAGCAGCCGGAUCAGGGAAUUCCGCCGCGUUUCACCACCGAGUUCGUCAACAUUGCCGAUAUCGGGGAAGGUGAACUGGCCCACUACGAGGCCAAUCUCGUCCCGGUGGGUGACCAGAGCAUGGUCAUCGAGUGGUUCUACAACGGCAAGGUUCUGGAAGCCAGCCACCGCGUCCGCACCAUCUACGCUUUUGGCACGGUCGCCCUAGAGGUCCUUGGCACUAAGAUUGAAGACACCGGUACCUACACUUGCCGUGCCACAAACAAAUACGGCACUGCCGAGACCAGCUGCACUCUGGAGUGCGUGGACAAGCCUAGAGGCCAGAAACCACGCUUCACCUCCCACAUCCAGCCGCUGGAGGGCUUGAAGGACGGCCAGUCGGCCCACUUCGAGUGCACCUUGAUCCCUGUUAAUGACCCAGAUCUUAAGGUCGAGUGGUACCACAAUGGAAAGUUGAUGCGUCACUCCAACCGCAUCAAGACCGUCUCCGACUUCGGCUACGUUGUCCUGGACAUUUCCUAUCUUCAGGAUCAUGACAGUGGUGAGUAUGUGUGCCGCGCAUGGAACAAGUAUGGCGAGGACUUUACUCGCACCACUCUGAACUGCGGCGGUCGCGGUGGAGUCUUCUACGAUAGUCUCCAGCCCGACUCGCUGCAGAGGAUUAGGGAGCUGGAGUGCCCACAAGGUCAACAGGCUGAUACCUCCGCUCCCUUGGUGGCCGAACCGCCGAAGUUUAUCACCCAGAUCAGCGAUGUCACCAAACUGGUAGAGGGCCAGUCGGCUCACUUCGAGGCUCGUCUGACCCCCAUCACCGAUCCCGACCUGGUGGUGGAGUGGUACUUCAAUGGCAAGAAACUGCCCCAUGGCCACCGCUUCCGCACCUUCCACGACUUUGGCAUCGUUAUUCUGGAUAUUUUGUACUGCUACGAGGAGAACUCGGGCGUAUACGAGUGCAGAGCCUACAACAAGUACGGCGAGGACGUGACCCGAGCCUCUCUGAAGUGCGCUUCGAAGGCCAGCCUUAUACUGGACUCGCAGCUGCCUCGUGGAAUGGAGGGCGGUCUGGAGAAGAUCGCAAACCUGGAGUACAGCAUGGUUCGCACCCGCGACGAAACCACAGAGGAGACCAAGGGCAAGGCUCCGGUCUUCACUGUGCCGCUGGAGAACAUCGAGAAUCUGCGCGAGGGUGAGAACGCCCACUUCGAGGCCAGGAUUACCCCGGCCGACGACCCCAAGCUGAAGGUCGAAUGGUACUGGAACGGACGUCCACUGAAGGCCGGUUCUCGGUUCCGCACUUUCUGCGACUUUGGCUUUGUCAUCCUCGAAAUCUCUCCAGUUUAUCCUGAAGACUCCGGCGAGUACUCUUGCCGUGCCAUCAACGAGUAUGGUGAGGCUGUGACUACCGCCACAAUGAAGAUCCAAGGCAAACGCAGCAUCAUCAUGGAGUCGCAGUUGCCAAAGGGCAUGGAGGGCACCAUUGAUCGCAUUGCCGAACUGGAGGGCCUGGGAUCUCGCAGCACCGAAUUCGUUCCGGAUGAUGAUACUGGCAAGCCACCAGAGUUCAUCACGACGCCCUUCGACAUGGUCAUCACGGAGAACUCGCUGGCCCACUUUGAGUGCCGCCUGCAGCCGAUCAACGACCCAUCAAUGCGCGUGGAUUGGUUCCACAACGGCAAGGCCUUGUGGGCUGGCUCCCGCAUCAAGACCAUCAAUGACUUUGGCUUUGUUAUCCUGGAAAUCGCAGGAUGCUACCAGCGCGACACAGGAUUGUACACUUGCAAGGCAACCAACAAGCACGGCGAGGCCCAGGUCUCGUGCAAGCUGCAGGUCAAGGGCCGCCAGGGCAUCGUCAUGGAGCCCCAACUGCCUUCCAACUUCCGCACCGGCACUGAGAGCCUCCAGAAACUGGAGGAGAGCAUGCACAAGCGCGAGGAGAUCGUGAUCGAUGAGGAGCAGCCGAACCCGCCCAAGUUCAUCGAGGACAUCAAGGACAAUCUGGACGUACCCGAGGGCGGUCCGAUUCACUUCGACUGCCGUGUGGAGCCCGUGGGCGACCCAUCCAUGCGUAUCGAGUGGUUCUACAACGGUCACGUUAUGGCCACUGGCUCGAGAGUGCACCAGCUGAACGACUUUGGAUUCAUCGCCCUGGACAUUGACUACAUCUAUGCCAGGGACUCCGGAGAGUACACUUGUCGGGCUACCAACAAGUGGGGCACUGCCACCACUACCGCCAAGGUAACCUGCAAGGGCAAGCACAACAUCGUCUACGAAUCGCAGCUGCCCGAGGGCAUGACCUCCGAGAAGCUCAAGGAACUGGAGCGCGGACGCAUCCCAGAGGCCCCGAAGGUGGUGGAACAAGAGUUCGGACCGCCGAAGUUCGUCACCCAGAUCACCUCUGUCACCGUGGACGAGGCGGAAGCCGUCAGAUUCGAAUGCCAGGUUGAACCCAAGACCGAUCCCAGCCUGCGCGUUGAAUGGUACCGCAAUGGCAAGCCACUGCCAUCCGGACAUCGUUACAGGAACAUCUUCGACAUGGGUUUCGUUUCCCUGGACAUUCUGUAUGUCUACGGCGAGGACUCUGGAGAGUAUGUCUGCCGUGCCAUUAAUAACCACGGCGAAGACCGCACCAAGGCCACAGUGUCUUGCAAGAAACUGCCAACCAUCCUGCUCCAAAACCAGGUGCCGCGCGGCAUGAAGCGUUCAGAUGCGCUGACCCAAAUGGAAGCAACCAUCAAGAAGUACACUUCUGAGGUCCACUUGACCGAAGAUGACCUCUUCGACCCUGACCGCAAGCAGCCUCCUAGGUUUGUUACUCAGAUUAAGGAACAGACCUCCCUGACCGAAAUGGCCGUGACCAAGUUCGAGUGCCAACUGGCUCCAGUGGGCGAUCCGAACAUGAAGGUGGAGUGGUUCUUCAACGGCAAGCCCUUGUUGUACAAGAAUCGCUUCCAGCCGAUCUACGACUUUGGCUAUGUGGCCAUGAACUUUGGCUGGGUUUACCCCGAGGACAGCGGAGAGUACGUGUGCCGGGCCACCAACUUGUACGGCAAGGACGAGACCCGUGCCAUCAUCAAAGUGGCUGGCAAGCCCGGAAUCGUAUACGAUUCCCAGCUGCCCGCUCACAUGCAGAGCAUUGACCGCAUUCGCGAAAUGGAAGCCUCUUGGCAAGUGGUGCCCGAGGAGGUUGAUCCCGAUGCCAAGCCCAGAACCAAGCCGGUCUUUGUGAGCAAGCUUGAACCCCAGAUUGUGGAGGAGGGCGAACCCGCCCGAUUCUGUGUCCGCGUCACUGGCCACCCACGUCCCAGGGUCAUGUGGCUGAUCAAUGGUCACACCGUGGUGCAUGGUUCCCGGUACAAGCUGACCAACGACGGCAUGUUCCAUCUGGAUAUCCCGAAGACCCGCCAGUAUGACACCGGCAAGGUGGAGGUGAUUGCCCGCAACUCCGUGGGCGAAUCGAUCGCCACCACUGAGCUGAAGGUGGUUGCCCGUUCCGAUGAUUACCGCAACGUGCUGAAGAACUCUCCACGCCCGUGGUAUGAUUAUGAGCUAGCUGCCUAUCAGAAGGAGCGUCAGGAGAACGAGUUGGAGAAGGUGUUCGACGAACGCAAGCAAGUCCUUUCUGAGCAGAGCUCUCACACCCUUAAGGGCGUGGAGCACCUCAAACCCAAGCAGUACAAGCCCCCCACGGCCGAGUGGCAAACUAACGUAAAGGCCAAGAAGAGCGAGGAGUACUACAACAAGCUGCAGGAGCUGGAGACUGAGCAGCUGCUCAAGGAGACAAACCUGCGCAAGGACAACCACCAGUACGCCAUUCCCGGCGAGAAGGUUGUGAGCAGUUCCCAAGCCAAGGGCAUGGCCCAGUCUUACGAGGAAAACCUUCAAGAGAAGACCAGCACCACUCAGGUGAAGGCUGCUCCUCCCAAGGGUACCGCCGAACCGUCGGAGUCAUCCGUUCAUGGACGUGAAGUCCACAUGAACAAGCAACAGCAGGUGCAGAAGGAAAUCCAGGGAGACCUUGAAAUCACCCGCAAGAUCACCGCUACCGAGACCACCGAGGUGGAGCACAAGGGUACCAUUCAGGAACGCGUGGUUAAGGGUCCCGUGAAACCAGCCAAGGCCCCCGUCUUCACCAAGAAGAUUCAGCCAUGCCGUGUCUUCGAAAACGAACAGGCCAAGUUCGAGGUCGAGUUCGAUGGCGAGCCUAAUCCUACCGUGAAAUGGUACCGCGAGAGUUUCCCCAUCCAGAACUCGCCGGAUCUGCAGAUCCACACCUUUAGCGGCAAGUCGGUCCUGAUUAUCCGCCAGGUGUUCGUCGAGGACUCGGCCGUGUUUUCGUGCGUUGCCGAGAACCGUGGAGGAACCGCCAAGUGCAGUGCCAAUCUGGUGGUUGAGGAGCGCCGCCGCGCCGGCAAGGGAGGCAUUCAGCCGCCCAGCUUUGUGUCCACCAUCCAGAGCACUACUGUAGCCACCGGCCAGCUCGCCCGCUUUGACGCCAAGGUAACCGGAACUCGUCCCAUGGACGUUUACUGGCUGAAGAACGGCAUGAAGAUCCAGCCGAGCAUCAAGUUCAAGAUGCUUGAGGAGGACAGCAUCCACACAUUGCUGAUCAUCGAGCCCUUCGCCGAGGAUUCGGGUCGCUACGAGUGCGUGGCGGUGAACGCCGCCGGAGAGGCUCGCUGUGAUGGUGACUGCAUCGUUCAGUCACCCAACAAGCCGGACAAGCCCACCACUCCCGGCAGCGAGAAGCCUCCUCACAUUGUCGAGCAACUGAAGAGCCAGUCCGUGGAGGAAGGCAGCAAGGUGAUCUUCAAGUGCCGCGUCGAUGGCAAGCCCACACCCACCGCCCGCUGGAUGCGUGGCGAGAACUUCGUGAAGCCGUCCCGCUACUUCCAGAUGAGCCGCCAGGGAGAGUACUACCAGCUUGUUAUUUCCGAGGCCUUCCCCGAGGACGAGGGCACCUACAAGUGCGUGGCCGAGAACAAGCUGGGCAGCAUCCAGACCAGCGCCCAAUUGAAGGUUCGCCCCAUCGAGAACCUGGACGCUCCCCCGACCAUCACCGCCAUCAAGGAUGUGUCCGUGACCGAGGGCAUGCCCGCUCAGUUCAAGACCACCGUCACCGGCAAGGUCAAGGCCACCAGUGUCCAGUGGUUCCGAGAGGGUCAACUCAUCCCAGAGACCCCUGACUUCCAGAUGAUCUUCGAUGGCAACAGCGCUGUACUCCUAAUCGGCACCACUUACGAGGAGGAUUCUGGCAUCUUUACUGUACGCGUGACCUCGUCCACCGGCCAGGUCGAGUCCUCAGCCAAACUGACUGUUAAAAAACGACGCAUCUCGGCCUAUCAAUUGCGAACGAUUGAUUCCGCCGAGGAUGAGUCCUCGUCUUCUGGCCGGGAGAGCGGCCCGGAGUCGCCGGGUGCUUUCCAACCUGGCCAGCAGCCUGGUGGUCAGCAAUUUGGCCAGUUCCUGGGUGUCAAUGGGCAGGCGGGCCAACACCAGGGAAGAUCGCGCACCAAGAAACCGAAGGUGCGCAGCAAGUCCCUGCAACCACCCACCAAAGUGAUUCCAUGGCGCAAGGCAUCGCGUCCAGAUCGCGGCCGCUCCCUGGACAAGCAGCCUUUCCUGCCGGGCUUUAAGCCCGAGCCAGUGAAGUCGUGGACCGAGGAGACCAUUAGUCUGAAGGCCACGCCCAUUGAAAAGAAGAAGCCCACGCCCAAGCUGGAAGCAGCGACGGUGGUUCUGAAAUCCAUCAAGAGUGAACGCGACCAAGGAAUUAUGAGCCUGGGUGCUACUCUGGAGCAAAUCAUUGCUGGAAAGACUGAAAAGGAGGCUGUGCCUUGGAUAACUAUGCGGGAGAAGCUGAAGGCGGUGGAGAGCGUUCAGGAACAACUGAACAAGUUCGAUUUGGACGAAGUGUACCUGCGUCCCUUGGAAGGACAAAUCGAGACCGACGAACAGCUACCUCAGCAGGCACAGGUGGACCAGGCACAGCGCACCAAGGAGAUCCAGCGCCUCAAGAGCAUGGAGAGUGUUGAGAUUAUGGAAAUGACCGACCAGAUUGACAAGCUAAUCACCCAGCAGCAGAACAACAAGGACCUCAUUCCGUGGAAGGAGAUGCGCCAGCAGCUCAAGAGCGUCCAGCGGGUCACCAAGCAGAUCGACAAGUUCAAGAUCGAGGAGGUGGAGCUGCGUCAUUUGCAGGCCCAGCAGGCCAUUACUGAGGAGUACCAAACCGGCACUCUGGAAGAAACUGUCGUCCAGGUCGAUGAGAGCUCCAAGGGUUCCAUCUCCAAGGUGCUGCGUCGCGACGAGCUGCAGCAAUAUGAGGACCAGUCGAACCUUUACAAGCAACAGUUUAUUACCACCGAGGACGUUAACAUUAUGCACGUUUCGGAGCGUGAGAAACUGGAAGCACAGAGGCUCCUUCGCGAACAACAGGCUGUUAAUUGGAGGCAGCAACAACAGCGUCCUCAGUUACAGCCUCUCACCUCCGUGGAGGAUACCGUUUCAUCCCAAACUAUCGAGAGGCAGAAACUGCUGCAACAACAGAGCCUUAUCGAGGAGGCGCAGCGCCAGCAGUUCGUGCAGAUCGAAGAUUCGCAGAUGAUGAGCCUCGAGCAGUACGAGCACCAAAAGGUCAUCAACCAGCGCACCCAACAGGAGGCCUUCAACUGGCGGCAACAAAGGGAGGCCCAGAAGUUCAUUCAGGUCGAAGAUUCGUCGCUAUUGCAUCUUCAGGAACGUCAGGACACGCAGGAGCAGCAGCUUCUGCAGCAACAGCCGGUGAUGUGGGACCGUGGCCGAAAGAAGCCGGAACAGCCACAACCUUACGAGCAGCCACUAGCUCCCGUCCAGGAUCAGUAUGUGGAAAAGCCCAAAACGUACGAGGAAAUGCAUGACGAACUUGUGGAGCCUACCCCAGCGCCGCAGCCAGAGCCUGUUCCGGUCUUGUGGGAGCGCGGAAAGAAGAAACCCCAGGCCCAACCAGAACAGAAGACCUUCGAAGAAGCACAUGACGUACUUGAAGAACCCACUCCCGUUCAGCAACCCGACCAGGUGCCGGUGCUGUGGGAGCGCGGAAAGAAAAAGCUGGUCCAAGAGCAGUCUGUGGCAACCCAGGAAGUUUUGGAGCAGCAAACCACCCAGGUUAUUGAACAGCAGAGGGUAGAGGAAACCAGCAAGACUUCGGUUCGCCGUGUGAUUCCUCCACGUCCGCAAGAGGAAAAGGUGGAGCAAGUCACGCUGAAGCCUACGCCUCGCCCGCAGCCAAAACAAGCGCAGAAGAGUGAGGAGUUCCAGCUGAAACCCCUUAAAUCCACCAAACCUGUUCAACAACCCGUUGAACAGCCGCUCCAGAAGGCAUUCGAAGAAGCAGUCGACGAGUUGCCUGAAGAAUCUGUGCCCCAGAAGGAGGAGCAACUGCAGCCUCAGCCCGUUAUGUGGGAACGGGGCAAAAAGAAGCCUCAAAAGGCCGAAGAACAAGUGUCGGAGACUCCCAAAACGCUUGAGGUGGCGGAAGACACCCUCGACGAGGAGGUUCCGAAGCCUGUAGAACCGCAGCCGCAGCCUGUUGCAUGGGUGCGUGGCCAAAAGAAGAAACCAGAAAAGCCAGAGGUUCAAGAAGUUCCAAAAACCCUUGAAGUUGUGGCUGACACUUUGGAAGAAGAGGUGAUUAAUCCAGUGGAGCCACAACCGCAACCAGUAAUGUGGGAACGCGGUAAGAAAAAGAAGCCCCAGUCUCAGGAAGUAGUCGAGGAGAAGGUUGAAGAUGUUCCAGUCAAGACCUAUGAAGAAGCUGUCGAUGUUUUGCCCGAAGAGCCCAAGGUGGAAGAGAAGCCAGAGCCCGUCAUGUGGCAGCGAGGCAAGAAAAAGAUUCCUAAGCCAGAGCCUGUUGAGGAACAGCAUCCCGACGAGGUUGAUGCCCAAAUUGAAGCAGUCACCGAAGAAGAGCAGGUUGAACGCAAGCGAAGGGUUAAAAAGGUUAAGAAGCCAAAAGAGGCGGAAACAGCUGAAGAAAUUGCUCAAGAACAACCAGAGGAGGAAUAUCCUCAGGAGGAUGUGGCCGAAGUCAUCGAAGAACAGGAAGAAGUUCGAGAAGAGAAACGUAAAGUGAAGAAGACCGUGAAGCCAAAGAAACAGAUACAGCAAGAGGUUGUGGAAGAACAGCCCGAAGAACUGGAAGAAGUUCCUCAGGAAGAGGUGCCUGUCGAUGAGCCAACUGAAUCCUUGGAAACAGAAGUUGUGGAGGAGAAGCGCAAAACAAAGAAGGUCAAGAAACCUAAGAAGAAGGUGGUAACGGAGGAGGAACAGGAAGAACACCUGGAAGAACAACCGGAAGAGGUUGAAGAGCCCGAGGUGGAAGAGCUUGAAGAAACGGAACAGCCUGUUGUCGAAGAGCCCAAAAAGCCUAAGCCUGCUCCCAAGAUCCAGGAGGUUGAACAGGUGGAGAAGGUAACACUUAAGCCUGCUCCCAGAAAGCAGCGCCCCUUGCCAGAAAAGGAACAAGUGGAGGAGGUGUCAUUGAAGCCAGUGAAAAAGACGGCGUUUGUUUCGGAACCAGAGCAAUCUGAAACACCAAAAACCGACUUCGAAGUGAAAGAGACCGUUAUUACCACUGAGGACCAAAUUGUGGACGUGACCAAGAAGCGCGUUAAGAAGAAGAAGCCCAAGACAAAGACUCCUACAGAGGAAUCGGUUGAUGAGCCGGUGGAAGAUGAGGAAGAAUUUGAAGAAACCCAGCCUCAGCCGGAGGAAGAGCAGCCGGUCGAAGAAAUUGUGGAGGAGCAACCUCAAGAGGAAGCCGUACCAGAACCAAAACCGGCGCCUAAGCCAAAGGCAAGGAAGGAAGAAAUCGUCGAGAAGGUGGAGGAGGUGACACUCAAGAAGGUCACCCGUCCAAAGAAGGAGCUGCCUCAGGAAGCCACCAUCGAAGAAGUUCGCCUGAAGCCGGCACAACGCACAUCCAUUAAACCGGAAGAAGUUAAGCUGGAGGAAGUGGAACUGCAGCAUGUGGAGAAAACGGAUGAGGAAAUUGUGCAAGAGGAGAAGCGCAAAACGAAGAAGGUAAAGAAACCUAAACAUGAAGAUCUGCCCGAAAUUCCCGACGCAGAACCGACCCAACUGGAAGAGGCAGAGCACAUCGAAAUCGAAAAGGAGCCCAAGCCCCAAGAGGAGCAACCUCAAGUGCCCUGGAAACGUGGCGAAAAGAAAAAGCCUGUGGAAGAAGUCUUGGAGGAAAGGCAGAUGCCCACUGGAAAGCGCCGGCCUUUGCCCGAAGAACAGCCCGAAGAGGUACAGCUUAAACCGAUUCCGGCCAAGCCAGUGGAAACGCCAUUGAAGCCAGAGAAGACUAUUCCUGGUCCAAAACUGACGCCAGAGGAAAAGCCCGUCAGCGAAGAGGAAGAACUGGAACUGGAGCCACUCAAGCUGCCAGAAGAAAAGCAGCAGAAGGAGCCGAAGACCAAAAAGGAAAAGAAGAAGAAACCAAAGCUAAAGAAGGCUACGCCAUCCGUAGACGAAGUUUCGGAAGAAGUGGCUGAGCCUUUCGACGAGCCCAUCGCGGAAGAGGAUGAGGUUGAGGAGCUGCCAGUUGACGAGGUCAAGGUGGUGGCAGUCUCGGAAGACGUUCUGCCGGAGGAGGAAGUUGUACCUACGGAGGAAGCCCCCGAAACAAAGCAGAAGGCACACAAGAAACGCACGAAGAAACUUAAAGAGGCCGCUGUUGAAGGCCAGCCCCAGCUGCUGGAGGCGGCCAUUGUGGAAAUCGAAAAGGUGGACGAAAUAUCUCAGGAGAUCUCACAAAAGACUAUUACCUUACUCAAAAAGACUGAAGACACACGCCCUCAAUUCAUCACGACUGAGCAGCUCAUCGAGCUGGAUGUAGAGGACGUUCGACGAGACCUCGAAAUGAAGGUCACAUCGAAUAUUAUCAAGAAGGAGAAACGUCGCGUUGUCCUAGAUGACAGCCAACCGCUGCCGGAGCUGGAACUGAUCACCCAGAAGCGCGUCCAGGAGGGCAUCGAUAAGGUGGCCGAUGAGGAGCUUAUCGAGGAUCAACAGCUGACCCAGAACCAGGAGGAAACGACAACCUCCGAGGUGAUAGGCCAGGAGCGCAAGCUCGUCAGGAAAAAGAAGAAGGAGAUCAAGCCCCCGAGGAUCACAGAGAAGCUGCGACCCAGACAAUGCGUUCCAGACGAGCCAACAGUGCUUGAGUGCAAGGUGGAGGGUGUUCCCUUCCCCGAAAUCAACUGGUACUUUAACGAUAUCUUGCUUUUUGCUUCGGAGAAGUACGAGAUCACGGUCGUGGAGCAGGUGGCUAAGCUGAAGAUUGCCAAGGUAACGCCCAGCGAUGUGGGUGUCUACACAUGUGAGGCCAGGAACGAGGCUGGAGUGGCAACAAGUCGUACCAACAUUAUUUUAGAAAAAGAACAAGGAGUGGCACCUCAGUUUACCAAGCCCCUCAAGAUAGAGUUCACAGAGGAAAAGACGCCCGAGCGCCUUAAGGUUACGGUGACCUGUCAGGUGGCGGGCAAGCCGCAACCGAAGAUCAAUUGGUACAGAGGUACCGAGCAGGUCAUUCCCACCGAGAAUGUUCAAAUUUUCUACGACGAGACGACCGGCGACGUGGCUUUGGAGGUGAUAAAUCCCACUCCCAACGAGGCUGUCGUCUAUUCUGUGCAGGCACAGAACCAGUUUGGUCGCGCCAUCGGCAAUGCCAAUAUCAUGAGCCGUGUGGAUGAAGUGCCCAAAGAAAUUCUCAAGGCACCGACUGUGUCGCCGUUGAACGCCGUUGUCGUUCCGACAGGAGGCACCCUCUUCUUCGAGGCCAAGUACGAUGGUAUCCCCAGGCCAGAGAUCAAGUGGAUGCGCAACGGCCGGGAGAUCGUGGAGAAUGAGGAGAUUGUUGUAGAAACCACCGAAACAACGACCACUAUUAGGGUCAUUAAUAUGACGCGCAAGCGUACUGGAAAAUACGAAGUCUGGGCCAAGAACAAGGUGGGCGAAGCCAAGUCUUCUGGAUCGGUGGUGGUCUCAGAUCAGAAGCCCGAUCAGCAAAUCAAGCCACCGCGCUUUAUCCAGCCGCUGGAACCCAAAUUCAUUGGGGAGCACGAGGUGGCUAUUCUAGAGGCGGUGGUGGAGUCGGAGCCUCUGUCGUCAUUCCAGUGGUUUGUGCACAAUGAGCCCAUCAAGAGCUCCAACGAGGUGCGCAUCGUUAGCCAGGCCAAUAAGUCAACGCUGCUGAUUGAAGACUUCCAGAAGCAAUUCGCCGGACCCUUCACAUGUCGGGCCGAGAACGUGGGCGGCUCAGUGACAUCGACCGCCACCGUCAACUUGCUGGAAGCCAUGCCUCAAGAGGAGGCGGUAGAGUUCGAAUCCCCCCGCUUUAUAGAAGAGCUGCUCGAGCCCGUGGAGGUCAUGGAUGGCGAGGCACUGCUGCUGACCUGCCAGGUGACUGGCAAACCCACACCCAAAGUGGAGUGGUUCCACAACGAGGAGAAAAUCACAGAGAACAAGGAAACUACGAUAUCGCAGGACUUGCAAGGCAUUUGCCAGCUGCAGAUUACGGAAGUGUUCCCCGAAAACCAAGGCCAAUACAAGUGUGUGGCCACCAACAAGAUUGGCAAGAGCGUGACCCAAACAAACGUUAACAUACAAGCAUUUGAAUAUAUCCCCGAUUCUGAAAUCACUGGACUCACAGGAUCUGAAGAGGAUCUCCUUGAUAGAACCCUCUCGAUCGACGAACAAGCACCGAAAAUAAUUAAGAAACUACCUGAGAAAAUCGAGCCCAAAGAAGGUGAGCAGGCGAAGCUGGAGGUUAAGGUCAUUGGAAAACCGAAACCGAAGGUCAAAUGGCUGCGCGACGACGAGCAGAUAUUCGCCUCCGAGGAGUAUCAGAUCGAAAACUUCGAAGACGGCACCUCAGUGCUCGUCAUUAAUCACGUCUAUCCCGAUGAUUUGGGUACAAUUAGUUUUGAGGCGUACAAUCCACUGGGCGUGGCAGUGACAACGGCACUCUUCGCGGUCGAAGGCAUCGUUGGAUCGAAGGACUACCGCAAGCCGGAAUGGGUGACUCACAUGGAGGAGAUGCAGGUGGCCCUCAAAGAUACAGAACAAACCACAAACACAACACACACUAAACCACAGACACAACCUUUAAAACAAGAAUCUCCAGUCGUACAGGAAGCCAUUGAAGAACUUCCUGAGGAGGUGCGCGUUGUUGAAACCAUCUCUGAAGACGGCAAGCCCAAGAAGAAGAAGAUUCGCACACGUGUCAUCAAAAAGGUCAAGGGUGAUAAGCAGGAGGUCACUAAAAUCGAAACUGUCGAGGAGGAUGACAAGGCACCUGAGACAACGGUUACUGUCGAAGAAUCUGAAGCUGAGCCAGUGAUACAGGAAGCCAUUGAAGAACUUCCUGAGGAGGUGUGUGUUGUUGAAACCAUCUCUGAAGACGGCAAGCCUAAGAAGAAGAAGAUUCGCACACGUGUCAUCAAGAAGGUCAAGGGUGAUAAGCAGGAGGUCACCAAAAUCGAAACUGUCGAAGAGGAUGACAAGGCACCUGAGAUAACGGUUACCGUCGAAGAAUCUGAAGCUGAGCCAGUCGUACAGGAAGCCAUUGAAGAACUUCCUGAGGAGGUGCGCGUUGUUCAAACCAUCUCUGAAGACGGCAAGCCCAAGAAGAAGAAGAUUCGCACACGUGUCAUCAAGAAGGUCAAGGGUGAUAAGCAGGAGGUCACCAAAAUCGAAACUGUUGAGGAGGAUGACAAGGCACCUGAGACAACGGUUACCGUCGAAGAAUCUGAAGCUGAGCCAGUCGUACAGGAAGCCAUUGAAGAACUUCCUGAGGAGGUGCGCGUUGUUGAAACCAUCUCUGAAGACGGCAAGCCUAAGAAGAAGAAGAUUCGCACACGUGUCAUCAAGAAGGUCAAGGGUGAUAAGCAGGAGGUCACCAAAAUCGAAACUGUCGAGGAGGAUGACAAGGCACCUGAGACAACGGUUACCGUCGAAGAAUCUGAAGCUGAGCCAGUCGUACAGGAAGCCAUUGAAGAACUUCCUGAGGAGGUGCGCGUUGUUGAAACCAUCUCUGAAGACGGCAAGCCUAAGAAGAAGAAGAUUCGCACACGUGUCAUCAAGAAGGUCAAGGGUGAUAAGCAGGAGGUCACCAAAAUCGAAACUGUCGAGGAGGAUGACAAGGCACCUGAGACAACCGUUACCGUCGAAGAAUCUGAAGCUCAGCCAGUCGUACAAGAAGCCAUUGAAGAACUUCCUGAGGAGGUGCGCGUUGUUGAAACCAUCUCUGAAGACGGCAAGCCCAAGAAGAAGAAGAUUCGCACACGCGUCAUCAAGAAGGUCAAGGGUGAUAAGCAGGAGGUCACCAAAAUCGAAACUGUCGAGGAGGAUGACAAAGCACCCGAAACAACGGUUACCGUCGAAGAAUCUGAAGCUGAGCCAGUUGUACAGGAAGCCAUUGAAGAACUUCCUGAGGAGGUGCGCGUAGUUGAAACCAUCUCUGAAGACGGCAAGCCCAAGAAGAAGAAGAUUCGCACACGUGUCAUCAAGAAGGUCAAGGGUGAUAAGCAGGAGGUCACCAAAAUCGAAACUGUCGAGGAGGAUGACAAGGCACCUGAGACAACGGUUACCGUCGAAGAAUCUGAAGCUGAGCCAGUCGUACAGGAAGCCAUUGAAGAACUUCCUGAGGAGGUGCGCGUUGUUGAAACCAUCUCUGAAGACGGCAAGCCCAAGAAGAAGAAGAUUCGCACACGUGUCAUCAAGAAGGUCAAGGGUGAUAAGCAGGAGGUCACCAAAAUCGAAACUGUCGAGGAGGAUGACAAAGCACCCGAAACAACGGUUACCGUCGAAGAAUCUGAAGCUGAGCCAGUUGUACAGGAAGCCAUUGAAGAACUUCCUGAGGAGGUGCGCGUAGUUGAAACCAUCUCUGAAGACGGCAAGCCCAAGAAGAAGAAGAUUCGCACACGUGUCAUCAAGAAGGUCAAGGGUGAUAAGCAGGAGGUCACCAAAAUCGAAACUGUCGAGGAGGAUGACAAAGCACCCGAAACAACGGUUACCGUCGAAGAAUCUGAAGCUGAGCCAGUCGUACAGGAAGCCAUUGAAGAACUUCCUGAGGAGGUGCGCGUAGUUGAAACCAUCUCUGAAGACGGCAAGCCCAAGAAGAAGAAGAUUCGCACACGUGUCAUCAAGAAGGUCAAGGGUGAUAAGCAGGAGGUCACCAAAAUCGAAACUGUCGAGGAGGAUGACAAGGCACCUGAGACAACCGUUACCGUCGAAGAAUCUGAAGCUGAGCCAGUCGUACAGGAAGCCAUUGAAGAACUUCCUGAGGAGGUGCGCGUUGUUGAAACCAUCUCUGAAGACGGCAAGCCCAAGAAGAAGAAGAUUCGCACACGUGUCAUCAAGAAGGUCAAGGGUGAUAAGCAGGAGGUCACCAAAAUCGAAACUGUCGAGGAGGAUGACAAGGCACCUGAGACAACGGUUACUGUCGAAGAAUCUGAAGCUGAGCCAAUCGUACAGGAAGCCAUUGAAGAACUUCCUGAGGAGGUGCGCGAACUUCCUGAGGAGGUGCGCGUUGUUGAAACCAUAUCUGAAGACGGCAAGCCCAAGAAGAAGAAGAUUCGCACACGUGUCAUCAAGAAGGUCAAGGGUGAUAAGCAGGAGGUCACCAAAAUCGAAACUGUCGAGGAGGAUGACAAGGCACCUGAGACAACGGUUACCGUCGAAGAAUCUGAAGCUGAGCCAGUCGUACAGGAAGCCAUUGAAGAACUUCCUGAGGAGGUGCGCGUUGUUGAAACCAUCUCUGAAGACGGCAAGCCCAAGAAGAAGAAGAUUCGCACACGUGUCAUCAAGAAGGUCAAGGGUGAUAAGCAGGAGGUCACCAAAAUCGAAACUGUCGAGGAGGAUGACAAGGCACCUGAGACAACGGUUACCGUCGAAGAAACUGAAGCUGAGCCAGUCGUACAGGAAGCCAUUGAGGAACUUCCUGAGGAGGUGCGCGUUGUUGAAACCAUAUCUGAAGAUGGCAAGCCCAAGAAGAAGAAGAUUCGCACACGUGUCAUCAAGAAGGUCAAGGGUGAUAAGCAGGAGGUCACCAAAAUCGAAACUGUCGAGGAGGAUGACAAGGCACCUGAGACCACGGUUACCGUCGAAGAAUCUGAAGCUGAGCCAGUCGUACAGGAAGCCAUUGAGGAACUUCCUGAGGAGGUGCGCGUUGUUGAAACCAUCUCUGAAGGCGGCAAGCCCAAGAAGAAGAAGAUUCGCACACGCGUCAUCAAGAAGGUCAAGGGUGAUAAGCAGGAGGUCACCAAAAUCGAAACUGUCGAGGAGGAUGACAAGGCACCUGAGACAACAGUUACCGUCGAAGAAAUUGAAGCUGAGCCAGUCGUACAGGAAGCCAUUGAAGAACUUCCUGAGGAGGUGCGCGUUGUUGAAACCAUCUCUGAAGACGGCAAGCCCAAGAAGAAGAAGAUUCGCACACGUGUCAUCAAGAAGGUCAAGGGUGAUAAGCAGGAGGUCACCAAAAUCGAAACUGUCGAGGAGGAUGACAAGGCACCUGAGACAACGGUUACCGUCGAAGAAUCUGAAGCUGAGCCAGUCGUACAGGAAGCCAUUGAAGAACUUCCUGAGGAGGUGCGCGUUGUUGAAACCAUCUCUGAAGACGGCAAGCCCAAGAAGAAGAAGAUUCGCACACGCGUCAUCAAGAAGGUCAAGGGUGAUAAGCAGGAGGUCACCAAAAUCGAAACUGUCGAGGAGGAUGACAAGCCACCUGAGACAACGGUUACCGUCGAAGAAUCUGAAGCUGAGCCAGUCGUACAGGAAGCCAUUGAAGAACUUCCUGAGGAGGUGCGCGUUGUCGAAACCAUCUCUGAAGACGGCAAGCCCAAGAAGAAGAAGAUUCGCACACGCGUCAUCAAGAAGGUCAAGGGUGAUAAGCAGGAGGUCACCAAAAUCGAAACUGUCGAGGAGGAUGACAAGGCACCUGAGACAACGGUUACCGUCGAAGAAUCUGAAGCUGAGCCAGUCGUACAGGAAGCCAUUGAAGAACUUCCUGAGGAGGUGCGCGUUGUCGAAACCAUCUCUGAAGACGGCAAGCCCAAGAAGAAGAAGAUUCGCACACGUGUCAUCAAGAAGGUCAAGGGUGAUAAGCAGGAGGUCACCAAAAUCGAAACUGUCGAGGAGGAUGACAAGGCACCUGAGACAACGGUUACCGUCGAAGAAUCUGAAGCUGAGCCAGUCGUACAGGAAGCCAUUGAAGAACUUCCUGAGGAGGUGCGCGUUGUUGAAACCAUCUCUGAAGACGGCAAGCCCAAGAAGAAGAAGAUUCGCACACGUGUCAUCAAGAAGGUCAAAGGUGAUAAGCAGGAGGUCACCAAAAUCGAAACUGUCGAGGAGGAUGACAAGGCACCUGAGACAACGGUUACCGUCGAAGAAUCUGAAGCUGAGCCAGUCGUACAGGAAGCCAUUGAAGAACUUCCUGAGGAGGUGCGCGUUGUUGAAACCAUCUCUGAAGACGGCAAGCCCAAGAAGAAGAAGAUUCGCACACGUGUCAUCAAGAAGGUCAAGGGUGAUAAGCAGGAGGUCACCAAAAUCGAAACUGUCGAGGAGGAUGACAAGGCACCUGAGACAACGGUUACCGUCGAAGAAUCUGAAGCUGAGCCAGUCGUACAGGAAGCCAUUGAAGAACUUCCUGAGGAGGUGCGCGUUGUUGAAACCAUCUCUGAAGACGGCAAGCCCAAGAAGAAGAAGAUUCGCACACGUGUCAUCAAGAAGGUCAAGGGUGAUAAGCAGGAGGUCACCAAAAUCGAAACUGUCGAGGAGGAUGACAAGGCACCUGAGACAACGGUUACCGUCGAAGAAUCUGAAGCUGAGCCAGAAGCCAUUGAAGAACUUCCUGAGGAGGUGCGCGUUGUUGAAACCAUCUCUGAAGACGGCAAGCCCAAGAAGAAGAAGAUUCGCACACGUGUCAUCAAGAAGGUCAAGGGUGAUAAGCAGGAGGUCACCAAAAUCGAAACUGUCGAGGAGGAUGACAAGGCACCUGAAACAACGGUUACCGUCGAAGAAUCUGAAGCUGAGCCAGUCGUACAGGAAGCCAUUGAAGAACUUCCUGAGGAGGUGCGCGUUGUUGAAACCAUCUCUGAAGACGGCAAGCCCAAGAAGAAGAAGAUUCGCACACGUGUCAUCAAGAAGGUUAAGGGUGAUAAGCAGGAGGUCACCAAAAUCGAAACUGUCGAAGAGGAUGACAAGGCACCUGAGACAACCGUUACCGUCGAAGAAUCUGAAGCUGAGCCAGUCGUACAGGAAGCCAUUGAAGAACUUCCUGAGGAGGUGCGCGUAGUUGAAACCAUCUCUGAAGACGGCAAACCCAAGAAGAAGAAGAUUCGCACACGUGUCAUCAAGAAGGUCAAGGGUGAUAAGCAGGAGGUCACCAAAAUCGAAACUAUCGAGGAGGAUGACAAGGCACCUGAGACAACGGUUACCGUCGAAGAAUCUGAAGCUGAGCCAGUCGUACAGGAAGCCAUUGAAGAACUUCCUGAGGAGGUGCGCGUUGUUGAAACCAUCUCUGAAGACGGCAAGCCCAAGAAGAAGAAGAUUCGGACACGUGUCAUCAAGAAGGUCAAGGGUGAUAAGCAGGAGGUCACCAAAAUCGAAACUGUCGAGGAGGAUGACAAAGCACCCGAAACAACGGUUACCGUCGAAGAAUCUGAAGCUGAACCAGUUGUACAGGAAGCCAUUGAAGAACUUCCUGAGGAGGUGCGCGUUGUUGAAACCAUCUCUGAAGACGGCAAGCCCAAGAAGAAGAAGAUUCGCACACGUGUCAUCAAGAAGGUCAAGGGUGAUAAGCAGGAGGUCACCAAAAUCGAAACUGUCGAGGAGGAUGACAAGGCACCUGAGACAACGGUUACCGUCGAAGAAUCUGAAGCUGAGCCAGUCGUACAGGAAGCCAUUGAAGAACUUCCUGAGGAGGUGCGCGUUGUUGAAACCAUCUCUGAAGACGGCAAGCCCAAGAAGAAGAAGAUUCGCACACGUGUCAUCAAGAAGGUCAAGGGUGAUAAGCAGGAGGUCACCAAAAUCGAAACUGUCGAAGAGGAUGACAAGGCACCUGAGACAACCGUUACCGUCGAAGAAUCUGAAGCUGAGCCUGUCGUACAGGAAGCCAUUGAAGAACUUCCUGAGGAGGUGCGCGUUGUUGAAACCAUCUCUGAAGACGGCAAGCCCAAGAAGAAGAAGAUUCGCACACGUGUCAUCAAGAAGGUCAAGGGUGAUAAGCAGGAGGUCACCAAAAUCGAAACUGUCGAGGAGGAUGACAAGGCACCUGAGACAACAGUUACCGUCGAAGAAACUGAAGCUGAGCCAGACGACAGUAUUGAGGUCGAGGAACUGCCAGAGGACGUUCGCGUUGUUGAAACCAUCACAGAAGACGGAAAACCAAAGAAAAAGAAGAUUCGCACACGUGUGAUCAAGAAGGUUAAGGGCGAUAAGGAAGAAGUUACUAAAAUCGAAACUGUUGAAGAGGAUGACAAAGAACCAGAAACCACAGUAACGAUCGAAGAAUCGGAAAUUAAGGCCCCCAAUGCCGAGAAAGUCAAGCUCAAGAAAAGAGUUAUCGUGCAGAAACCUGAGGAUGAAGUAACUGUCGUUGAGUUGCCUGAACGAAAGUCGGUGAUACUUUCUGAAAAGGAAGAUGGUACUCCCACUAAAACCGUAAUCAAAACACGAAUUAUCAAAAAGAUAAAGGGCCAGGAUAUGGAGGUCACUAAAGUUCAGACAAUAGAAGAGUAUGAAAAAGAACCACAGACUAAGGUGACUGUCGAGAACUUUAAGGUGCCAUUCCCAGACCUACCAGAGGAGAAGGUUACUGAAGUAGUUGUACUGCCAGAUGAGGUAGUCGAAACUGAAGUGGUUGACGAUACUGGUGUUCCAAAGGUGGUUAAAACCAAGAAGCGUGUCAUUAAGAAACCAGUCCCCGACAAUAACGAAGAAAUUACCGAAAUCGGAAUUAUUGAACAACCCGAUUCUGAACCUAUUUACUCUGUGUCGAUUAAGGAACAGCCCGCCACGGAACCAAAGGUUGAUGAAAGCAACUCAGUGGAGUUGCCUGAACAAGUGACCGAAUUUGAAAUCAUUUCUCCUGAUGGAACGAAAAAGAAGAAGACUGUAAGGUCCAGAGCCUUUAAAAAGAACCUAGACGACAAACUGGACGAAGUUACCACAGUUCAAAUAAUUGAGGAGGAAGACAAGGAACCUACUACCACAGUGCAGGUGGAGGUUGUACCCGUAGACGAGAUCUCCAUAACGCCUAUUCCCAUUGACGAACUCCCCGAAGAAACUGUUUUCACCGAAGAACUGGACCAGAACAAGAAGCCCAAGAAAAAGACAACUAAAACUCGAACCUUCAAGAAGCAAGGCCCCGAAGAUGAGGAAUACUUCCAGAUUCAGACCGUAGAAGAAGAAGGCAAAGAGCCCUACUCUCUGAUACGUGUGGUGAGCGAUGAAAACAUUGCUGAUAUUAUUGAUAUUAGCAAACUCGAAGACGAGAAGGUUUCCCAACGCAAACAUAAGUCCCCGAAGCAGAAGGUGGAGAAACCGAAACAAACUGAGCCGGAACACAAAACUUACAUCACAACAUUCAAGUCCGUACAAAACGAAGAUGGAGAAACCAUCAUACAAACCGAAAACAAGCGAGUUUCUGAGGAAGAAGGAGUCAUUGUUGAGGAAGUACUCAGUGAUACUGAACCCAUUCCAGAAGACACUACACAAGCACACCUUGAGAUAACCGAAGUCAGCGAACCAACAGACCAAUACAGCAAAGAGUACACUAUCACUGAACCAGAAGAGGCCAGUGCAGACGCCACAGAAACACAGGUUAAACCCACAGAACCCAGCCAGAAACCGACACUAGAAACAGCAAUAGAGGAGGUUGACGAGACUCUUUUGGACGAUCAGGGCAGUACAGGGCAACCGACGGACAAGACUGUUAAGAAAAAGGUUAAGCCAAAGAAAAUCGAGAGUAAGGCUGAGGAGGCUCCAGUUGAAAAGAAAGAAAAACCGAAACCCAAAAAGAAGGCAGUUAAGUCAAAACGAGACGAAAUGGACGACUAUAUCCAGUUCCUCAUACACCAGGAAAUUCCGAAAACUGUCCUCCAAGAGUACACACGUACGGAUAUGGAGCAUCCACAAAGGGCCCGUCGCGAUUCGUCUUUCAAGGCACCGGCACCCGUUAAACUAACGCCUAUGAAAAUCGAAAAAGUUGAAUUUAGGAAACCCAAAAUGGUUGAAAUCAGUUCGGUGGCCGAAUUCCCACAAAUGCUCAAACUAAAGGCUCCCAAACAGCGACCGGCGGAGGAGAAAAAGAAGAAGAAUGAAGCUUCGUUCAAAAAUAAGAAGCUCAAGAGUUGGAUCAGGUUCAUACCAUAUGCUCCAUACUGUUUCCCGUACGUCGUAACCGAGUUGGAAACAGUUCAAGAAAGUGGUGAACUAUCGCGUAAUAUCGAAGAAGCAGAAAAGGUUCUGAAAUUCCGACCCAAGAAGUUUAAGCAUACCAAGCCAGAAAAGGCAGAGUUAGAAGAAGUCGACCUCGAGAUAUUGGACUCUGAGAAAUCGCAACCUUCUGAUGAGGAACAACCUAAGCCGAAGUAUAAGCGCGCUAAGAAGAACAAAGAGGAAACCACUGAAGAACCUAGAAAGCUUAAGUUGGGCAAGGGCAAGAUUCCUCAAAACGUGGAAACCAUUGAAGAAGUUCACUUGAAGCCAGUCAAACUUGAUGCCACUGAGGAGGAUGUGACGGAGGCACCAGCUAAAGUCAAGGAAGAAGAAACACCCAAGAAAAAGAAACCCAAGAAGUCUGAAAAGAAGGACGAUUCGAUUCGCUUCGAGCCCACUGAACUCACGGAUCUGGAAGAAACUACAUCUGAAGUUCAGGAAGAGUCGAACGUAUCAUCCGGUGAAGAAACUUCCGUACAAGGAAAGACAAAACUUAAGCGAAAGAAGAAGCCCACACCGACGCCAGAGACAAAUCUGUACGAUAUUACUCCUGGAAAGCCAAAGGAAGUGCAGGAAACACCCGAGGAUGAUCUUAAGCUGCGCAAGCGUCAAGGACAAAAGCCUGAAGAUGAAAAAGAAGAGGUUAAACUUAAACCUUAUUACAAGUUCGAAGUGGUUGAGUUGGAGCCAGAAGAAAUCCAAGAAACGACUAGUCCAACCGCCGAGGAACCUGUUAAGGCUCUUAAGAAAAAACGCAAGCUCAAACUUAAGACUGAGCAGGAGGAAAAUAUCAUUGAAAUAGUAGAAGUAUCUCCCGAAGAUGCCGACGACCAAACCUUCGAGGUCACCGUCACCAGUUCUGAAAUUGUUCCAGAAGACAACACAGAACCCAAAGUAUUAAAGAAAAAGGUCAAACGAAUGUCCAAGAAGGAGCUCGAUGACUUUGUUGCGGAAAUCAAGGAAGAACCAGAACAAAAGUUCUACGAGACUAGCAUGACCGAUUUCUACGAGGUCAAGUUAACUGAAUUAAAGCCAGAAAUCCAAUCUGAGGAGGAGAAGGAUACCAAGCCCAAGAAGCGUCGAAUUCGUCAUGAAAAGGGAGGUGAGGUGGAAAUCUUGGAAAUUGUAGAAACCGUUCCAACUUCAGGAGAUCAGCCGUUGUACGAAAUAACUGUGACUUCUAGUGAAUCUCCAAAAGAAGAAGGUACCACCACCCAGCGCAUCGAUAAGCCGAAGAAGAAAACCAAGAAGAUGACGAAGGACGAACUCGAUGCCUACAUACAGCAACUUAUAAAUGCUGAGAUUCCGGUAACAGAGUUGGAAAAAUACGAGAAAAUCGACGUUGACGGCAAACCAAAGAAACCCAAGAAGAAAAAGCCAAAAACCGAAGAAAAGAUCAUUGACGAAGGCGAGACUCUGCAGGUGGGAGUCACAGAACAUGAGCCAAUCGAGAAACCGAAAGCUAAGAAGCCGAAGUCUAAGAAAAUUGUUGAGGAGGCCGAGAGUAUCGAAACCGAGAGUGUCCCACAGUUUGACGAGUUCACCAUCAAUAGGAUCGACUCCGAACGAGUUCCCGAAGAGGAGGAGGAGACACCAUUGGAAGAAUCUGUUCCGGCUUUGGAUGAAAUUAUUGCGGACUUAGCCGAAACUAUGCCUAUCGUAGUGGUGGAGGAAGAGAUCGAGACUGUUCCAUCAGUGGAAGAAACAACUGAGAUCAAGGUCAUAGAAAAGACUAAAAAACGCAAGGUUAAAGCCAGAAAGGGUUCGAAACAAUACGAAAUCGAAAUAUUUGAGACCCAAGCCACAGACGACACCCCUGAAGAGGCUAAGGUGAUAGUUAUAACCACUGAAAUAACUGAAGAUGCAACUGAUGGGCCUGCUUUGACUAAACCGGACACACCGAAAAAGUCGGUCCGGAAAAUCAAACGGGAUAACCUCAAGGAUUAUAUUGUCAACGUUGUCGAGGAAGCUCCUCAGGAAACUAUAGCGAAAAUAACUGAAGAGCUGAUCGUUGUUCCCGACACAGAGGGCACUUCGGAUGAGGAUAUCCGUUCCUUUGUAACCAGGGUUAUUGAAGAAGAAAGAGCGAUCGACACCUUGCCCGAGGAAGAACAUCCUGAAGAAGAUGCCAGAGAGCCGAAACCAAAGAAGAAGAAGCCUGAAAAAAAGAAGAAGGUUAAAAUAUCCGAAUCUGAACCAUCCCAGCAACCUCAAGAACCUGUAGAAUACGAGCUCGUCACUUCUGCUCCAGAGUCAGAGGAGACCCCACAGGCAGAUCAAUAUGCCGUAGAAGUGAAGGAUACUGUGCCCAAGCCCAAAAAGAAAGCGCCCAAGAAACCCAAAAACGAAUCUUUGCCAGAACCCAUCUCGGAAUAUACGAUUCGUAUUGAGGAACUAGCGCCCGAAACAACAACAGAAACCGUGACGAAUGAAGACGGAAAAGAAGUCGAACGUACUACCACCAAGCGUAAGAUCAAAAAGAAGGAGGGCCCGAAGGAAUACUUAAUUGAGGUGGUUGAAACAUACGAAGAAAAUAAACCCGAAGCAGAUAUUGUAAUUCAGACCACAGAAAUAACACCCGUUCAAGACACUGAGGUCCUAGACGAUCACAAAGUAAAGAUCGUGAAGAAGAAAAAACCGAAGGAGGAAAGCUUGGACAACUUCGUUUACGAGCUUAUUGAACAAGAAAUUUCAGAGCCCGAUCUCAAGGAACAAGAACCUACUAUUUCGGAGUCUUCAACGGAGACUAAGAAACCAAAGAAGGUACAGAAACACCACAAGAAAAUCACCGAAAUAGUCGACGGCGUUCCUACUACCGUUCACGAGGUAACUAUAAAGGAAUUCGAAAUAGAUCAAGAGGAUGUAAAGCCUUUUGAAGUCGAAGUGGAGGAAAUCGAUCGCGAGCAGAUAAAGGAAAGUCCCGAAGAUCAAGAAGUAACAGUUGUGGAACAGAAACCAAAACCAAAGACGAAGAAAUCAUUCAAAGCAAAGAUCGUCGAAGAAGAGCAGCCACAACCUAUUUUGGAGGACAUUGAAGAAUCGGUUGAAACCAUUACAGUAGUGGAAGAGGAUGGCGUACCGAAGCAAGUAGAGGUGAAGAAGAGGAGGGUUUCCAGAAAGCAGGGUCCUAAGGAACAGGUCUUCGAGAUUACCGAAACCAAGUCCAGCGACGAGCCCUUGGCCGAGGUGACAAUUGUCGAGGUAACUGAAGAAGCGCCAAAGGAAGAGGUUCCCAAGGCUAAGCCAAAGAAAUUAGUUAAGAAGCCUGUGACCCUCAAACCUGAAGAGGUUGACAGCUACAUAGUCAACGUUUUGGAGGAGUUCCGCAAACCAGAAAGUUCGGAUGAAGCCGAGCAACCAGUCGUUGAAGAUAUUGGAGAGACAGUCGAAAUAGUUAAGGUUACUGACGAAGAGGGCACAACCAAACAGGUGGAAGUUAAGAAGAAGAAGAUUGCCCGAAAGCAAGGUCCUAAGGAACAGGUCUUCGAGAUUACUGAAACCAAGUCAAGUGACGAGCCUUUGGCUGAGGUGACCAUUGUCGAAAUUGAAGAAGACCAGCCUCAGGAAGAAAUUGUGCAACCCAAGGAAAAGAAACCAAUUAAAAAACCGAAGAAGCUCAAACCUGAAGAUGUGCAAGAAUAUAUAGUAAAUGUCCUGGAGGAAUUUUCUGAACCACAACCAUUUGAGACGGAAGAGGAGGUUACACCUGCUGUUAUAGAGGAGACUACAGAAAUUAAAGAGAAGACCUCUAAACCUAAAAAGGCCACGAAGAAACCCGUUGAAGAGAAAAUUGUCAUUGAAGAGCUGGCUCCAGAAACUGUUAUCGAGAAUAUUGUCGAUGAACAAGGAGAGGAAGUCAAACAAGUUAAAACAAUUAAGAAACUCAAGAAGAAGGAAGGACCCAAGGAGUUCCUUAUUGAAGUAACCGAGACUUAUCAAGAAAAUAAACCAGAGGCUGUCAUUGAAGUUACUAAGACUGAGUUACCCUCUGAAGACUCUCCACAAUUUUCGGAGGAGCAGCCUGUUAAGGUUAUUCAGAAGCUAAAGAAGAAGAAGCCUGUAAAGGAUGAUUUGGACAAAUACAUACAAGAACUUAUCGAACAGGAAAUUACAAAAACUCCUCUUGAACAAUAUGAGCCGACUGAAAUGGAUUCUAAGCCCAAGAAGCCCAAACUAAAGGUCAAAACUCACAAGAAAAAGGAAAUCCAAGAUGUCGACGGACUUCCUGUUACCGUUCACGAGUUUGAUGUUGAAGAUGUCGACGAAAUUCCAGAGGAGAUCCAAUCGCCAGAAGAGGUGCCAGCUGAGGAAGUAGAGAUCUUGGAGAAGCCAGAAGAUUCCUCAAAAUACUUGGUAAACAUCUCCGAUGAAUACAUUGAAGCUCCACAGCCCAUCGACGAGACUCCGGAAGAGGAAAAGAAGCCCGUCAAAAAGGAAAAGCCAAUCAAAAAGAAAAAGGUUACCGAAGCUGCGGCACCACUGGAAGAAAUCGAACAAACGGUUGAGGUGGUUCAGCAGCCCACGGAAGAAGGAACUACGAAGGACGUUACUAUCAAGAAACGAAAGGUCUCUCGUAGAAAGGGUUCCAAGGAAUACGUCUUUGAAAUCACGGAAACUACAACAGAAGAUCAGCCAACUGCCGAGGUUAAGGUUGUGGAGUUAACAAGCGACGAUGUCGCAGUUGUUGAGGAAAAACCAAAGCCCGAGAAGAAGAAGGCCAUUAAGGAACCAAAGCUCCUAAAGAAGGAUGAUGUUGAGAAUUAUGUCAUUAAUAUUAUUGAGGAGUUUGUACAGCCAGUUCCCUUCGAAACGGUUGAAAGUGAAGUUGAAGAAGUUCAGGAAGAAACUAAAAAGAAACCUCAGAAAGCUCCUAAGAAAUACAAGAUUACUGAAAAAGAGGAACCUGAGGCCGAAGCUCCCGAAACCGAACAGGAAGUUGAGGACAAGCCUGUGGAAACAGUGCCAGAAAAGCCGGAAGAAUCCACUGACUACACAAUAGGAGUCAAAGAGGAAACCGUGACUGAAGAGAAGCAACGGCCAAAGACUAAAAAGACCACCAAGCCGAAGCCUGAAAAGCAACCUAUUGAUGAAGAAGUUCAGGAGUAUCUUGUUAAGGCAGUGUCUGAAGAGGAUUUGAAGCAAGACAUCGAGACAGAGUUCAAGACAAUCGUAACAGAGUCUGAAGACGAUCAGCAACCAGAGGAACCUAUCUUCCAAGUUCAAGAACUCGAAACCGAGGCCAAGGAGGAUGAAGUUAUUGACGAUAAGGGAGAAGUGACAAAGCAAACUAUAACGAAACGUAAGAUUAAGAAGCAAAUUGGCCCGAAGGAGGAAAUCAUCGAAAUUGUGGAAACAAAGACUGGAGAUACCCCUGAGUAUGAAGUCAUAGUAACCACUCAAGAGCCCGAAACUGUGGAUGCAGAAAUUCCAGCUGAAGAAAAACCAAAGAAGGUGCGUAAGUCCAAAAAGGUAGCAAAGGACGAUCUUCACGACUACAUUCAGAAGCUGAUUGAGCAGGAUAUUCCAAAAACAGAGCUAGAAAAGUAUGAAAAGAUCGACUUAGAUGAGCCAGUUAAAAUUAAAAAGAAGCCUGUCAAGAAGGUCAAGGUCUCCGAAGAACAACCAACAGAAUCGGCCGACGAAACAACUGAAGAGAAGCCCGUUGAGGAGGUUACGGUACCUUCUCCAGUGGAGGCAGAUGAGCCAACUCAUAAGUUCACAGUAAAGGAAUUCAUUCCUGACACUCCCGAAGAAAAGCCAUUCGAAAUAGUUGUCCUCGAGGAAUUCGUCGAAACUAAGCAGGUUCCUGAUGAGGAUGGUAAGGUUAAGGAGAAGGUUAUUAAGACUAAAAAGAUAAAGCAGAAAGUGGGUCCUGAGGAAAUAGUUCACGACAUUGUCGAAAUAACUGAUAAGGAUACAAACGAAGCUGAAGUAACAGUUACAACCACAGUCCCCACGGAAGCCCCUGAUCAAGAAACCCCCGUAGUAAAGCAAAAACGCACUAAAAAGGUUAAGAAAGACGACGUUGAAGACUUUAUCAAGGCCGUUAUUGAUGAGGAGGUGCCAAAGCCAACAGACACUGAGGACAUAGUGGAUGUUAUUGAGGAGUCGCCAACCAAACCGAAACCAAAGACCCCGAAGAAGAAACCAAUAGCCGAGAAACAACCAUCUCCGGAAACAGAAAAGCCAAUUGAUGAUGAAGUUUCUAUUGUUGAAAGUGUUCCAGAAGACAUCAAAACCACUGAAGAUGUUAUAAGCGUGGUGGAAUCGGCUCCAUCUUUGGAUGAAUCCGAACAUAAAAUCACACAGGUGGAGGAGGUGAAGAAACCGGAAAAGAAGAAGAAGCCUAAGGCUAAGGUUUCAGUUUCCGAGGAACAACCAACAGAAGACACUGUUGAGGAGCCAGUCAAGGUUGAUGUUAAGGAAUCUGAUGUUCAAGAGCCUGAGGUUCGCGAAUUCAGUGUUUCUGUCCAAGAGGAAGAUGUAUCAACCAUUGAACCUUUGACAAAGCCGUCCCCGAAGAAAAUUAAGGAAAAGAAAGAAGAACCAUCCGAAGAAAAAUAUGAAAUUUCUGUCAAGGAGAGUGUUUGGCAACCAGAAGAAGACAAGCCUUUCACGGUUGAGAUUAUUGAAAGCGUAACAAAUGUCGAGGAAGCCACUGACGAAGCUGGGGAAACCCACAAGCAGAUUACCACCAAACGGAAGCUAAAGCGACCCGAUGGAGAGGGUGAAAUAGAGAUAAUCGAAGUCGUUCGGGACGAUCAGCCUGAAGCAGAAAUAACUAUUGUGGAAUACGAACCUACACCGAUUAAAGAGGCCGAGAAGCCCAAGGAGCCUAAGAAGAAAACUAAGAAGGUUAAGAAGGACGAUAUUCACGAUUAUAUCCAAAAACUCAUCGACAUGGAGACCCCCAAGACCGAGCUCGAAAAGUACGAGAAAAUAGAGUUCGAAGCGUCGGUUAAGGAUAAGCCUUCGGAGAAACCAAUAUCGGUGACAGAGGAAGCUCCUUCCGAAAAGCCACGAAAGGAUAAGAAGAGCAAGCCCAAGGAAGUGUCGAAGGAAGAGUCUCCCGUGCCAGAACAAUUGGCGGAGAUCAAGGUAGUCGAGGAAGAUGCUCCGGUUGCUCCUGAAGUUCCCGUUGAGGUAAUUGAAGUUCAACCAGCAGAGGUUACAGUCCAAGAGAUUGUUACCGAUGAGGGCAAGCCAGUUCUGGAGAAGACUACCAAACGGGUGGUGAAGAAAAAGAGCCCUAAGGAGGAAACCACCUACAAUAUCACUACUAUUGAAGACGAGGACAAUGAUUCAGUCGUGGUCAUAGUUGAUGAAGCACCGGAAGCUGCUCCUGAACAGCCCACCGACGAACCAGAUCAACCCGAAGAGAAACCUUCUAAGCCGAAGCCAAAGAAAACCGUAAAGAAGGUUAAAAAGGACGAUUUGGAUGACUAUGUUAAACGACUGAUCGAAGAAGAAAUUCCUAAAGUAGAGCUCGAAAAGUAUGAGAAGGUUGACAUGCCUGAGAAGACUGAAGAAGUUACCCCAGAGGAAAUAGUUCCGGUUGACAUUAAACAGGAAGAACCUGACCAAACACCAACGGAGACCAAAUCAGCCAAACCAAAGAAAGAAAAGGCACCAAAACACAAGACAGUAGUGACUGACGAACCAGUACCGGACGUACCAACAGAAACCCCUGUAGAUACCACUGACACAACAGAAAUCACACCACAACAAGUUGCACAACCCGAGGACACAGCCACUGCACAAAUUACACCAAGCGCACAAGAUGAGAAACCUACUCAAGAUGACACUACAGAUACAAUUCAGAAAACAGUUAAACAUAAGAAAACAAAGCCAGACACACAAAAAAGCGUUGAAACAAGUGAAGUUCCAGAGGUUCAGAAAGACUAUCAAAUAAACAUCAUACACGAGGAGCCAGUAGAGGAGGAGGAGCAGCCCCAGAAGAUUCUGGAGGUUCGAGUUAUCGAUGAAGAAGCCGAAGUUGAGGAGUCCCAGCCGAUUGUUGAGGAAGUUGAGGAGGAAGAAGAGCAGCCCAGAACAGAGGAAACACCGGAGGAAACCAAGCCAAAAUCCAAAAAGAAGAAGGUGGUCAAGAAGAAGACCGACGAUCAUGAUGAAAUUAUCAAGAAGCUGUUGGAGCAGGAAAUUGAAAAGACUGAACUUGAGAAAUACGAGAAAAUUGAUUUCGAUCUUCCCAAGAAAUUGAAGCCCGAGUUCGCCAGCCUCGAACCCCAGAAAAUCGAGCGCAAGGAACAAAAGCCUACAAAGGUGACAAUCGUGGAGGCUGCGGAGGUUCCCAAAACAGUCAAACUCAAGCCCGGAAAACGCAAGGAGAAGCCUGCAGAGGAACAGUCUGUCCAGUUACCCAAGUUCCGACUCAAGACGCGAAUGGUCAUGGUUGAAUAUCCGCCAGCUCCGCUCAUUCCAGUGCUUAGCCACAUCGGCGCCGUUAAAGACAAUGGCGAACUUUCCCGUAAUAUAGAGGAAGCGGAAGAGGCUCUUAAAUUCAAACCUCACAAGUCCAAGAAAAUCAAGAAGAUCAAGGACGACCGCGAAAAGGUGGAGCUGGAAAAAUACGAGAAAUAUGUUAGCAGCGAAGAGGAACCAGAGGAGAAGGCGCCCUAUAAGAAACCAGAAAAGGCUCCCAAGCCCGAGGAGAAGCAGGAGGAGGUGAAGCUGAAGCUGGGCAAGGGUAAGAAAAAGCCAGUGGAUGAGGAGGCGCCUGAGAACAUCACUCUCAAGAAGAUUCCUCAAAAGCCCCAGGAAGUUGAGGAAGAGGUGGAGGUCAAGGCAAAACCAAAGGAGGUGGUGGUUAUUGAAGAGCAGCCAAAGCAGCCUGAGGAAGGAGAAUUCAAAGUCGAGCCAUUCGAACCUACUGAGUUUGAACGACCUGAAUAUGAACCGGAGGAAUUGGAGCCCAUUGACCGUCCCGAGAAGCCAGAAAAGCCAAAGAAACCUUCCAAAACGAAAUACAAGCCCAAGGACAAGCCACAACCCGAGCCUGAAACUAUUAUUUCGGAGAUCGUUCCUGGAGUUCCGAAGCCUGAAGAGGAAGUGCCCGAACAGGAAGUAAAGUUCCGUAAGCCAGAAACACAGGCCCCGGAAGAAACCGACUCCGAAAUUAAAUUAAAGCCAGUCCCGAAACCAAGCCAGCCUGAGGUACCAGCCGAGGAGGCUGUUGUAAAGCCCAAGGAAGAGGAACCCAAACCUAAAGAAACUGAAGUUAAGUCCGACGAUGAAGGCAAGAAACCAAAGAAGCCCAAGGCCAAGAAGGUGUUGCAGCCAAAGGAGGAUAUUCCCGAGGAGAAGCCAGAAGGAUUCGAGGUAACAGUAAAGGAGGAGGAAGCUCUCAUUGAGCAGGUUGUCGAAGAGGAGCAGCCAAAGGAAGUAAAGAUCAAGCAGAAAAAGCCAAAGGAGACCCCUGUGUCAGAAGUUACAGUUACUGAAGAAACUCCUCAGCCUGAAGAGGUGCCUGAAGAGAUUCCUGUGGAGUACAAGAUUACAACCACAGUAAUGGAGCCUGAGGAGGCACCAAAGGAGCAUCAAGUCCGAGUCAUUGAUUUCGACGCGAGGGAAGAAACUACCGAAGAAGUCAUAGAAGAAAGGGUGGUUACUCGCAAGAAGAAGCCAAAGCCGCAGGAGCCUGAAGAAUUCGAGGUUACGCUACAGGAGCCUAAGGAAGAACAACCGCAACCAGAAGAGGUUACGGCGGAAAUUACCAUUCCGGAGGAAAAACCGGAGGAGAAGCCAGAAGAAUACGCUGUAGAGCUUAAGAUUUCUGAGCCCGCUCCUGUAGAGCCAGUGGAACAGGAAAUCAAGGUAAAAGAAAUGUCUAAAAAGAAGCCUGUUAAGGACGUCAAGGAGGAUAAGAUCGUUGUAGUCGAAGAAGAGGAAAAGGUACAACCCGUCCAAGAGGAAGUGCAACCGGUUGAAAAACCUAAAGAGGAAAAGCCAAAGGCACCGAAAUCAUAUGAGUUUAGCGUAACUGAAACAGAGGCAGUCGAGGAGACCCCAGCGCCAGUAAUUGAGGAAAUUCCCGAAGAAAAGGCUCCUGAGGUUCCCAAAGAAAAGGUUGUCGAACAAUUGGAUUCAUACGAAGUCACGCUUAAAGAAUUUGAAGCUGAGAAAGUGGCUGUCGUAGAAGAGCAGCCUGAGGAGGAAACUCCGCAUGAGGUGACUUUCAAGCGGAAACCAAAAGCAAAGGAAGAGCCUGUUGAAGCUGAGUUUGUGCUGACAGAGCCAACUGUUGCGGAAGACAUCACAGUCGAAACUGAAGUCAAACAGAAGAAAACAAAGAAACCAAAGAAGACUGAAGAUGAAGCUCAACUUGAAAUCAAGAUUGUAGAGACCGAAGCGCCCGAAGUUCCAGAGGAAGUUGUGCCGGAAGUUCCCGAGGUCAAGCCGGCCGAGAAACAGGAAGAAGUUGUGGAAGAGAAGCCACAAGAGUUUACAAUUAGUGUAUCUGAAACGGAGCCUAAGCCAGAAGAGCCCAGUGAAGCCCAGUUCACGGUUAAGAAACGCAAGCCAUCAGUGACAUUUGCCGACGAGCCAGCCACCGAAAUCAUUCUGAAGGAAAAGAAACCUGUCGAAGAAGUAACAGAAGAAGCUCAAAUCAAGACCAAGAAACCGAAAAAGAAGGUGAAAGAUGUGGAGGCCGACGAGCUAAAAAUACAAAUUACUGAGGAGAUUCCACAGGAGGUUCCGGUCAUUGAAGAGGUCGAGGUUGAAGAGGAGGUGGUGGCGGAGGUAAAGGAAGAGGUUCCAGUGGUUGAAGAAAAGACGUACACAAUUGGCAUUAAGGAGACGCAGCCCGAGAAACCCGCAGAAGUUGUUGCCGAAGAAGAGCCAGUUGUAUCGGAACCAAUUGUCGAAGAACCACAGCCCGUAGUCUAUGAUGAGCACAAGGUUAAGGUGAUUGAGGAAACACCACGCGAGGUGGUUGAGGAGGUCGUUGAAGAAGAGGUUAAAGUUAUCCGCAAAAAGAAGCCGAAGCCCGAGGUUAAGGAAGAACCCGAGGCUCAAGUAACUGUCUCUGCUCCCAAGCCCGUCGAAGAAGUAGAAGCUGUUUCCAGCAUCACAAUUGUCCCAGAAGUGCCUACGGAAGAGGAAGCUGCUGAUCUCAAGAUAACUAUUAUCGAAGAAGAGGCCCCAGCUCAAGAACUUGUUCAAGAGAUUGAGGAAAUCGAAGUUAUCGAAGAAGCCCCUGAAACGCAACCAACAGUUGAAGAGUUGCCAGAAGAAAAGGUGACGAUUCAAAAGAAGGAAAAGAAUGCUGCUGUACCAGAGGUUGUAGAAGAGCCGGAAGCCGAGUUUGUGAUAAAGCCAAAGAAGCCUGUAGAAGAAGUGACUGAAGAGGCGAAAAUCACAAAGAAAACGAAAAAGCCUGUGAAAGAAGAAGAGGAAGCUGCCGAGCUCAAAGUAACGAUAACAGAGGAAGUUCCUGUGGAAGUAGAGGUUCAGGAAAUCGUUGAGGAAAUCGAAGAAGUCCCUGAAGAGGAGCAGGUUAGCCUGCCGAAAAAGAAGCCCAUAGAAAAACCAGUAGUGGUUGAAGAACCGGAAGCUGAAGUUACUUUGAAGCCGAAGCCAAAGCCCACCGAAGACGAGGUGGUAGCUGAAGUUACACUGAAGCCCAAGACUCCAAAGGAAGUCCAAGAAGAAGAGUUCUCGGUAGAUGUGUCGUUGCCAAAGGAAAAGAAGGUGACGGAGGAAACUUCCGACCAAACGGUGCAGCUGAAGAAAAAGAAGAAGCCGCAAAAGCCCGUCGAAGAGGCUGCAGAUGAGUUACAACUGCAACAGACUGUUGUGGAAGAGAUUCCAGUUGAAAUCGAGGAGGAGGAAAUUGUGGAGGAAGCUGUGAUUGUUCGCAAGAAGCCCAAGAAGCCUUUUGAGCCAUCUGUGGAGGAUCUGGAGGAAACUGAAUUCAGUCUAUCCUUUAAGAAGCCCCAUGUCAUAAACGAAGGUGUCGAUGAGGCCGCCACAGUCCUGAAAAAACGUCCAGUCAAGCCCACUACCCUCGAUGAAGCUGCCGCUGAGCUCUCCAUUAAACGCCUAGAAGAAGAGUACGAAGAGGGCGAGGAUAUAGAGGAGUUUGUCGUUAGCGGCCGCCCCAAGACGAAGCCUUUGCAGAUCACCGAGGAGGAUGAAGAAGCCUACACUGUGAAGAAACUCAAGCGCCGCAAGCAGGUAGACAUUCCCGAAUACGCCGAAGUUGAGAACGUCACUUUCCGUGCAAAAUCUACUAAGACUAAGGAGGAUGUCGACCAAGAGUUCAACAUUGCUCUCGACUCCUACGCCGAAGAGGAAGUUUCCAUGUCUGGAAAGGUUAAGCUUAAGAAACCAAUCAAAAAGACAUACUCAGAGGCUGCCGACGAGGCCAGUGUCAAGAUCAUGCAAGACUACGACGAUGGCGAAGCUCCAAUUAUUGAGGAAAUCCACGGCGAUGAGGACACUAUCGAUGAAGUAGACGAACCCGAGGAGUACUUCGUAGAGGAGCUUCCACCGGACGAGGUAGACUUCAAGCUGAAGCCCAAGAAGCAGCCAAGCAAGCCGCAAUAUUCCGUUUACGACGAAGACGAGGAGCAAUUCCUAAUUGGAAUUCGUCAACCAAAGCGUGAUUCGGUGACCUACGACGAAGACUCCCUCACAUUCAAAAAGAAGCGUAAAGUUAUCCAACAACUCUUCAAUGAAGAUGGAGCUUCUCUGAAUAUUACCCGGGAAAUGGACUUCGCAGAUUCGGAUAACAUUAAUGUUAUGUAUUCCAUCUGCAACUACAUUGCCGAUACCGACGAGGCUAUUAACCUGGUGGAGGGCGAGAAGGUAACUGUCAUCGGACGCCACAGCUCAGAGUGGUGGUUCGUCAAGAAGAGCAUCACCGAAGAGGAGGGAUGGGUCCCUGCCCAGUAUCUGAUGGAGCCGGAGGAAUAUGCUCAGUAUGUGCAGAACAAACUGCACGAGAAGAUUGACAAGCUGCCAGUAUUUGAACGUCCCGGACCAGAUGACAAGCCCAUCGCUCCGCGAUUCAUCGAGAAGCUGCAGCCGAUUCAUACUCCUGAUGGCUACACGGUUCAGUUCGAAUGCAAGGUCGAGGGCAAUCCACGACCACAGAUCGCCUGGUUCCGUGAAACGGCUAUCAUCAAACCAUCGCAGGACUUCCAGAUAUUCUACGAUGACGAUAAUGUGGCCACGUUGAUCAUCCGUGAAGUAUUCCCCGAGGACGCAGGUCAGUUCACCUGCGUGGCCAAGAAUGCUGCCGGCUUCACCUCAAGCACUACGGAGCUUAUUGUGGAAAGCCCCUUGUCGGAUCACGGCUCUGAUGCCACGGCCCUCUCCCGAAGAAGCAUGUCGCGAGAAUCAUCGUUGGCAGAUAUUCUGGAGGGCAUCCCACCCACGUUCUCAAAGAAACCAAAGGCGCAGUACGUGGACGAAAACACCAACGUCAUUCUUGAGUGCCGACUGGUUGCCGUUCCCGAGCCGGACAUUGUCUGGACCUUCAAUGGCGAGGACAUCGACGAGGAGGAGAUCAAGAAUGUCCGCAUUGUCACCGAAUCUGACAUGCACAUGUAUUGCAGCGUGGUGCACAUCACCAAGGUGAAAAAGUCCCAGGAGGGAACUUACGAGGUGAUUGCCACAAAUCGCGAAGGAGAGGCUCGUCUGCCCAUCACCCUCAAGGUUCGAACUGCAGACAAGGAAGCCCCUCAAAUCCUGGAGCCUCUUCGAAACAUGGUCAUCCGGGAGGGCGAAAGUGUAGUGCUUUCCACCCAGAUCGUGGGUAACCCUCCACCCAAGGUAACCUGGUACAAGGACGGCAAGCCAGUUAAGGGCGCCAAGUCCGACAAGGAUUUGCACACCCUGACCCUCAUCACGCCCAAAAAGCCUGAGAAGGGAGAGUAUACUGUGAAGGCUGUAAAUCCUUUGGGUAGUGUGGAGACCACUGCUAAUCUCACAAUUGAAGAAGCCACAAGUGGCAAUGCUGAGCCGCCACUGUUUGUGGAGCGUUUCGAGGAGCAAAAUGUGCCGCAAAAGGGUGAAAUCCGUCUGCCUGCUAAGGUCUCCGGCAACCCUGUGCCUGAGGUUCAAUGGCUUUUCAACAAUGCCCCACUGUUCCCCAGCGAACGGAUUCAGCAGGUCUAUGAUGGUGAAAACAUUGAGCUCAUUAUCAAAAAUGCUAAUCCGGAAACGGAUUCGGGAGACUACAAGUGCAUUGCCAGUAACCCAGUUGGAAAGACUUCGCACGGCGCCCGUGUGAUUGUCGAGGUCGACGAGGUUACCUUUACCAAGAAGCUGAAGAAAACUAUCACCAUUGAAGAAGUCCAGUCGCUGACCCUGGAGUGCGAAACAUCGCACGUGGUCACCACCAAAUGGUUCUUCAAUGGCAAGGAGCUGAGCGGAAUGGAUCACCGUGUAGUGGUGGAGGACGGCAAGACUCACAAGCUGGUGAUUAGAAACACCAACCUGCGCGACACAGGCACAUAUGUUUGCAAGGUGAAGAAGCAGGAAACCCAGUCCACGGUCGAGGUGCUGCAGCGUAAGCCAGACUUUAUCAAGGUGCUGGAGGACUACGAAGUCACUGAAAAGGAUACUGCCAUUCUGGACGUGGAGCUCACUACGGAGUCCACCGAAGUUACGUGGUAUAAGGACGGCGAAAAGAUCACGGAGGAGAACAAGAACGUGGAGUUCAUUAAAGACGGAAAGGCACGUCGUUUGGUGAUUCGAGACACGACCAUCCACGACGAGGGCGAGUAUACAUGCAAGAUCGAGGGCCAGGAGUGCAGUUGCGAACUGGUUGUUAUCGAGUUGCCACCUGAGAUUGUGAAACCGCUGAAGGAUGUUUCCGUGACCAAGAACGAGAACGCCGUCUUCACGGUGGAGCUCAGCAAGGGCGAUGCCCUGGUCAAGUGGUUCAAGAAUGGCAAAGAGAUCACCUUUACCGACCGCGUUCAGCUCUCCAUUGAUGGCAAGAAGCAGUCGUUGCGCAUUGUUAAGGCUAAGCCAGAGGAUGUAGGCGAGUAUUCCGUCCAAGUGGGAGACCAGACCUCCAACGCCAAGUUGACGGUCGAAGAACCCCUGGUUGACUUUGUUGUUCGCCUGCCAGACGUCACUCUGGUCACCAAGGGCACGGAUGCUGAGUUCACUGUGCAGUUGUCGCAGCCCGAUGUGGAAGUCACCUGGUGCAAGAAGGCCAAGCCCAUUAAGCCCAACCCGAAGCACGAGGUCUUUGUCAAAGGCACAGUCCGCAGGUUGGUCAUCCACGAUGCUACUGAUGAAGACGCCGGCGAGAUCAGCUGCGUGGCCGAAAAUGUCACCAGCAGCUCUAAGCUGUGCGUCGAAGAGCUGAAACUGCCACCCGUCAUUACAUCUGACAAGGAUCAAACCAUCAAGGUGAAGGAGAACGAAGAUGCCACAUUCACUGUCAAGUACACUGGCGUGCCAACCCCGGAGGCCGUUUGGACCACCAAGAAGGUUGUCAUACCCAAGUCAAAGCGAAUCAUACCGACCAUCGAUGAGAAAUCCGCCACACUGACCAUCAAAAAGGUCGUUGACGAUGACGAGGGCGAGUACACCGUCAAGCUUGUCAACCCAGUCGGCGAUGCGGAAGCCAGUCUGCACUUGGUCAUUAUGCGCAAGCCUACGGCACCUGGCACUCCCCAGCCCCUGGAGGUGAUGCACGACUCUAUUACGCUUUAUUGGAAGGCGCCAGAGGACGAUGGCAAGUCAGAAAUUAUUGAAUACAUUCUGGAGUACCACGAUGUUAAGGAAGAAAAAUGGACUGAAAUUAGAAAGAUUAAGGACACUACUUAUACCAUCAGCAAGCUGAAAAUCGACAGCGAGUAUGUCUUCAGAUCGAUAGCGGUCAACGAAGUGGGACCCUCGCCGCCGUCACCCAUUUCGCCACCCAUCCGUUUAGUGCCCAAGGUGGAAACCGAGGCGCCUAGCGUUCGCGAGCCCCUGCAAGAUGUGGUAAGCGAACUGGACAAGGAGGUUACGCUAUCCUGCGUAUUUGGCGGUAUUCCUGAGCCAAAGGUGACGUGGAAGCGAAACGGCAAGGUUAUCGAGUCGAGCAGCUUGCGCUACGAAAACCGCGUGGCCAAGUACAUCAUUGAAAAGACAACUAUUGAGACUGAAGCCACCUACACCUGCGUGGCUACAAACGAGAAGGGCUCUGUUGAGACCUCGUGCCGUCUGAAGCUGCAGCAGAAGCCCACCGUUGAGGUUGAGGAGAAGUAUCUGACUCAGAAACUGCGCACGGGCAGCUCUCUUACCAUUCCAGCGACGGUCCGCGGCUAUCCCCAGCCCACUGUGACCUGGCACAAAGAGACGGUCGAGCAGAAGACCACCAAGACGGUCACAAUCGAAACAACCGAAACCACCUCCACAUACACUGUGAAGAAGGUCACCCGCGAGCAGUCCGGAAAGUACAAGGUGACAGCCACCAAUGAAUCCGGAUCCACAAACGUGGAGGUCAAUGUACAGGUGAUCGACAAGCCCAGCAGACCACAGUCGCUGGAGAUUAAGGACGUAAAGAAGGACUCCAUCACCCUGGAGUGGACGCCGCCUAUCGACGAUGGCGGUCUGGAGAUCAACAAGUAUACUCUGGAGAAGUGCGACACCCAAAACAAUGUCUGGAUGAAGGUCUCUGAAUUCGACAAGGACAUUCACUCGUAUGCCGUCCAAAAGCUAUCCAUUAAUUCACAGUAUAUGUUCCGUGUGGUGGCCGCCAAUCCCAUUGGCGAGUCCGAGCCAACAGAAAGUGAAACUGUGACAAUAACCAAGAAGUUUGAAAAACCAUCCCCACCUCGGGGUCCCACGGCCGUGUCGGGUAUGAACAACACCUCCUUCAAUCUGGCCUGGGAGCCAUCGGAGAACGACGGCGGAUCCAAGAUCAUAGAGUAUAUUGUAGAGAUUAGGGAAGAGACUGAGACAACCUACCGAAAGGUGGGCACAAGCCUGGGCACUGUCACCAACAUUCACGUGGAGAAGGUGGUGAAGAACAAGGGCUAUCUGUUCCGCAUCUAUGCGAGAAACGAGGCUGGUACCAGUGAGGCGUUCGAGACCACGGAAAAGAUUGUCGUUGGCCGCAAGAUAACGCCUCCAUCGCCACCUCAAAACCUGAGAGCGCCGGAUGUCACAAGCCGAAGUGUUACUUUGGAUUGGGAGGUGCCCGCCCGCAAUGGUGGUUCCGAAAUCACUGGCUACUGUGUGGAGAAACGUUCCUCAACAUCCACCACCUGGACAAAGGUCAUCACUCUGGAUGCUCAUCAGCUGCACUACACCAUCGACAACCUCAAGGAGAGGUGCGAGUACUGGUUCCGUGUCGCUGCCGAGAACGAGGCUGGACUAGGUGCACCAGCCGUCACGGAGAGUAUAUCGCUAAAGACACAUGCUACCGUACCGUCGCCACCCACUGCUCCACUUGAAACGCGCGUACUUGCCGCGAACGCCCACAUAUUCGAAUGGGGUAUACCCGAGUCAGAUGGAGGUGCGCCUCUGCUCGGCUACCACAUUGCGAUUAGGGACAUGAAGAAGACCAUGUGGAUUGAGGUGGGUCGUGUGCCAGCCGGUGUGCAGAAAUUCCAGAUUAGAGACCUGCAGGAGAAUCACGAGUACAUGAUUCGCAUAUUUGCCAAGAACGAGAUUGGCCUGAGUGAGCCUCUGGAAUCGGAGGAGCCUUACAAGAUCAUGACAGCGGGUCAUGAGAGCCUGCCAGACGAGCCACGAACGGAGAUGAGCUCGUGCAAUACCUCCUCGUGGCUGCGGGACCACCACAUGGAUGCAGACAUCCACUCAUACGCCCGCGGCAGGCUGCUUCAGCGCGAUGAGUACUUCUUCCGACUGUGGGCAGAAAUUCCCAAAAGCAAAAAGAAGAAGAGCUCCAAAUAGUCGUUAAACGGAACGACAACGAAAUAAGAAACACUUUAGUCAUAGAUUAAGCAUAUUUCAAUUAUAUUUUAUAUAACAAAUACCAAAAAACAAGCGAGGAUGACCCCCUAGGGGAGAGACCCUCAUUUCAUAGCUUUUUGUACUUUAGAAGAGACACUAACGAUGUAAGGUUAGUGCAAUGUGAAGAGCAUCCCAUUGCCAGCGAUGACCACGGGACUCGGUCAAAGGGUUGCGAGCGAAGACAAAACUUAAUGCUCGGGCCCGUGGUCGUGGCUCAGUGAGGAUGUCCAUUGCACCAUCCAAUUAGUGGCCAUCAUUUCGAUUUUUCAUUUGCAUAAAGUUUGUUUUGUUUUUAUUAUUGUAUUUUACUUUGCGCCUUAUUUUUGUAAGCUGUGAUAAAUCUAUCAAAAUCGAAAGCGUCAAACGAGCGAGAAAAUAUAAAGCAGGCGAUCCAUCCGGCAUCGGGCAACGGUGGCCAACGAGCCGCAGACCUCCGAACAACCAAUUCCAUCACAAUCCCCGCCAGUGUAGCUCAAUAUCCUCUAGGGAGACAAAACAACAAAUGGUGCAAUUCGAUAUGAGUUAUUUCUGGGGAGGGCUGCGAGUCGCUGGCCGCCCUUGCCUUUGCCCUGGAUUCGUUCUGCCGGAAAUUUAUGGCAUAGGAAUGUGAGAGGUUACACUUGUGUGGCUCUUUAAAGUUACCAAAGUCAAUUAAAUAAAUAAAAUAUUACCAAGAAA